AUGGCGGUCCGGCCCCGCCCCCCUGAAGCUGCAUUCUUAGUGAGCUGUCCAGGAGGUGGGAGGGUCUGAGAGGGAGGAUCUGCUGCUGAUUGGCUGGAAUGUGUCAGCUGACUGGAGUCCGCGCGAACUGUUCGUGGCGAACUGUGGCGAACAGUUCGCGAACCAUUCGGCGAACAGUUCGGGACAUCACUAAUGAUAAUAGACCUUGUGAUCGGGGGAAGCCAUGGAAGGUGUUUUACUUCAUCUUGGUGUUCAUUAAAGUGUCACUCUAUUGUAUUUUUCCAAAGGUUAUUGUUCAGAGUACCCUAUACUCUGAAUCCCUGCUGUCUGUGGCUGAUAACUGCAGUGAUUUGAGGAAAUCACUGCACCUAUAAACCAGCCCCUUGCUCUGAAACACAUCAAAGAAAACAUUCUAACUUCUUCCAUUGCACCUAACUCACAACUGGGAUGGGAUGUACAUCCUCAACUAGAAAUAGCCAGAGGCAUGGCUGAGCUAGUGUGAGAUCAGAGACUCGGUCCAUCGCUGCCCACAGCCUGGUUUGUAAAGCCGUGAACCAGGAUUUGAAUAUACUAACAACAUCUCUUGUAUGGCUGCUAUCAGCGGUUCCAAUCAUUCUAAGUGGAUAAGUGGAACUGCAGCUGGAAUGUAAACUACUUAUCCCAAAAUCAACUGCUGAACAGGGGUUAUAGGAGUAAAAAGAAAAUCCAAAAAAGAGUAGAAUGAGAAUAUUCUGAUUGGUGGAACCUGUUUUUUUUUAUAGAUCGGGGCCUGCCAGCUUCAACAUUUACCUGUCCAAGUAUUACAGUUUUAGGAUUAUCAGGUGUGUAUAUUGUUUUCUUUUAUAAUUGUACUUCUAUUUUUAAAGGCAUUUUCUAUAUCAGGGAUAAGCAACAUAUAGAUUAAAAGGUAGGUUAAUUCUUACUUAUUGUGUAUUUUUAACCAUGACAAAGGUAACUUAUCUGUCUAAUGCAGUUUUCAGAAUCAUAAGAAAUUGAACUAUGACACGGGCCAAUAGGAAGUAAGUACUGCCUAUACAUACUUACCUCUCCCACUCUUCUUGCCCUGUUGUAGUUCUGGUAGCCCAAGAGUGUGUUCCAUUUACUUGAUUCUCCUGAUCUCUGGUAUCUUUUGACCUUGGCUUGUUAUAAUGUUUAUCCAUAUCUCUCCUGUCCUUGACCUUGGCAUUUUCUCUGACCCCUCUACCAUCCACUCUAAGGACCGGUAUAGGGCUUGUCUAUUUAUUAUUUUAUAGUCUGUACGUUUUGGUUAUAUGCCGAUCCUGACAAUAAGUAAUACUGUUAUGUUUUAUCAAUCAAGUGAUUUUGUGUUGGGCAGGUAGCCUGUUUCCAGUUCCCUGUUAUGAGAUUUCUAGCUGUUAGGCUUACUAUAGCUGUAAAUUGUUUAGAAGCAUUUGUCUGUCCAAUUGGGAAAUACAGGAAUAAAUAAGUGUGUGGAUUGGCUGGCAUGUAUUUUAUGUGUAAUACCCUCAAUAUAGUUGCAACCUACCUCCACAGUGGCUUAAAAUCCCUACAAUCCCCCCAAACGUGCAUAAUUUUCCAUUUCUUCUCUACACAGCGCCAGCAGCAAGGUGAUGUAUUCGUAUAUAUUUUAUGGAGUUGGCUUUGUGUCAGGUUCCAUCUAUAAACCAAGUUUUUAUGCACUGCAACACAUGAGUAACAGAAAGUGAGGCCCUUAAGCGCAUUCAAUGACUGAAUCCAUUGUUUCCCCAUUGGUGCCCAGUCUCAUUUGGCCCUCCAUUGUGUCAUAAAACUGAAUAUUUUUUUUAGGAAUGGACUCUAGUAUGAUUCUAUAACAUAGAGAUAAUCUUAGUGGACUAAGCCAAUAACUAUCAUAAAUUCUCUCCAGCAUAUUUAAGGAAGAAGUAGAUGACGUGGGUGAGUCAGAAUGGCAGUAAACAUGGGUAGAAAUGACACACUUCAUUUGGAGUAAUAUAUGAGUUGGGUAAGGCAUAUUUAUAUUUAAUCUGAGGUAAAGACAGUAUGACAUCUUUAUUAAAAGCAUCACUUAUGUAGUAAAUUUCAAAUUUACGCCAAUUCUUCCCUGAGAGCCACGGUAAGACGGCCCCAAACACCCACACCGGCACUCUAGGAUGACAUUUUUGUGCUAUCCUUAUAGUUUUCUGAAUUUGGUCCCGAACACGGAAUGUUGAUUCCAUCAUUGGUAACAGAGAAUACACCUUAUAUCAAACUGAUUUAGAAAUCCACAAGAUGUCCACCAGCGAGCCUCUGAGGACUUGACACCUCUCCAUGUCCACCCACUGUAGUAUGUCAUUAGGUGUCAUAAUGCAUCUUUACUGCCGAUUCUAGUGUAGCAUGAUAGAAAUCCAGUAAGUGUGGCAGUCCUACACCUUCCCCCUUUGCCAAACUUUGUAGAAGGCCCAAGGAAACUCUAGGCUUAUGUGUAUCCCAGAUGAACAAAUUACACACUGCCUGUAAUUUUUUGCUAAUGAAUACCAGGAUUUUAACUGGUAACAUCCAGAAUGUGUACAGGAUUUUCAGAAGUAACACCAUCUUUACCGCAUUGAUUUUGAGUAGCCGAGAUAAUUUAAUCAAGUUCCAUUUGAAAAGAUCCUCUCUACACUUAUGUACCGUAGUAGUAUAACUUGAUUUCAAUUUUUUUGUCUAAAGACAAUGCUAUUGUGACUCCUAAAUUAGUGAUAUAUGUGCUUCUCCAGUCAAAAGUGUAUGAACUCUGUAGACAAGUCGUUGUAGGUAUUAUUGCAAUCAGGAAGGAAGAUAGAACGCUGAUCACAAGAGGCUUUUUUUUUGCAUGUUAAAACUUAUUAUUAUAUCCCACAGUUGACACAUAAUCCCCUUGACACAUAAACUUUUUUUCUUGUUUUCUUCCUAAUGCACCUGCAAUUCAGAAACUAAUUAUGGGACACCAUAACAAAAAAAGAAAAAUUGUGACGUGUUGUUUUGAUCUGGGACUUUUAGGAUGUAUGUGUAUAAGUACUUUUAAAAGGGACAUAUACAACAAAUAUUAAAUAGAUAAGCAUGCUCAUUUUACACUGUGAACAAUGUUUAGAUGAUAUAGUAUCUGUACUUAUUUAAACAGUGCACCAAUACACUUCUAUACGUAUAGCCUUGAUAAAAAGAAUACAUUACUUUGUCCCAGUUAGCUUAACAGCUGCUUGUGCUUUGUUACUAUAACUGAUGCAUGCAAAUAAAAUACAAAUUAAAUGAACAAUGCCUCCUUCAUAAGCAUAUUAAACUAACAUGAAGAGGGAGGUACACACAUUGGCUAAGGAAGAAGAGUCCAGGAACAGACAAAGACAUACAUACAUAGACAUUAAGUUGCAUGCACAAACUCAAAUAUACAACUGCACGCAUACAGCACUUAGAACAAACAUACUGCUUUCUGUAGGUUUUCAAAGUAACCAUAUCAAGGUGAGUAACAAUUGAGACAUGCCUGAGGAGAUCUAUGGCCAAUGUGAGUGUGUACUUGAUUUUGUAUGUAGUGUGGUAAGGUACAGAUAUUGACAUAGAGCAGGGCUAGGCAACCUUCGGCACCCAGAUGUGAUGGACCACAACUCCCUCGUUGCUCUUCUAGCCACAAUUCAGGCAAAGCAUCAGGGGGGUGUAGUACACAACACCUGUAGUGCCAAAGGCUGCCUACCACUGACAUAGUGCAAGAGUGGCCAAAAGGUAGACACUAAGGUUUAAGGCUGGUAAUGUAUCAUUUGAGUCAUAUUUAUAGUGGAAUGUGUGAUUGUUCGUGUGUACUUGUAAAUUAUAAAUAUGUUCUUUGUCUCUUUGAUAAUGUAAUAUCAGUUAAUUCAAAUUCUUGUUACAGGAUUCAUAUAUAGGAAUGGUUUAAUUCAAUUGCCAGUAUGGAAUGCAGUAGCUCUGUCAUUAGUGACAUUUGGUAAUAUACACUGUGGAGAUUCCACUGUUGUUCUGUGAUAAUUAUUGAUACCUUUUUUUUUCUUUUUAGAAUAUGUACGGAAGUAGAAAACCCCUGUAAGUAAUACAUAAAGGUCCCUUGAGGGGUUUAUUUAUAUCCUCAUUACCACAGUGUAUUGAAUUGCAAAUUCCAGGCUGUGCAUAUAGCUCAAUGUUUUCAAAUGAACUAUUAGUGUUUACAUUUUACAACUCAUUUUUUAUUUUUUUUAUUUACUACAGUUCAGUAUUUAGUGAAUACAUUCCACAUCUUAUUUCUGCUUAUCAUGGGAUUUUUUUAAAUUUAUUUUUUUAGCAUUUUUAGCAAACUGUAUCUUUGUGUCUACCAGGUAUUGCCGACCACCACUUCCUUCAACCAGACACGGUAAAAUAAAAUACGUAUGAAUCAUUUGUACAUUUUGAUAAAUAGCCUUAAUGACUAUUAAUUGUUCCUCUGUUAGAUGAUGCUUGUGAAGGACAAUGAUUUUAAAUGACAUUCAAAAGAACUAAUUUCAUAUUUAAAAUUCAGUGGCAUUCACCGGAAAAUAGUGUCACAGAGUUAAAUGUGAUUUGAUAAUUACAUUUAAUAGAUUGAUUAAAGUGAUUCUUAUGUCUAUAACAUUAGAUCCUUUGAUCCUUUUCUUACUUUUCAGUCUAGGUUAAUACUAGUAAGUGUUGCUGGGGGUUGCUCUGGGGGCUGAAACCCUGGAUCUAUACAAUUGGGUGGGUGGGGGGAUACUAAUGUUUUUAAAAAAAAAAUAUAUUUACAUUAGGUAGCUACUUCUCAAAACAGCUGUCUAUUACAAAAAGAAAGUUCAAUAAUAUAAUGCUCCGUAGUGCUAAAGGGAAACUUUAGACACCCUGACCACUUCAUCUGAUUCAAGUGGUCUGGUUGCAGUGUCCUUGUUCCUUUAACCAUGCAAUGAAAAACAUUGAACAUUUAGAGAAACUCUAAUGUUUACAUUUAAAGUUAACUCUGCCUCUAUAUACAGACGAUAGAGGCGCUUCCUGCAGUUUCCCCACCCUCAGGGUCCCCCUCCCGCCCGGCUCUGGAAAGGGGAAAAAGGUUAAAACUUACCUUUUUCCAGCGCUGGACGAGGAGCUCUCCUCCUCCGAUCCUCCUCUUCUCCUCCCAUUCGGCUGAAUGCGCACCCGCGGCAAGAGCUGCACGCGCAUUCAGCCGGUCGCAUAGGAAAGCAUUUACAAUGCUUUCCUAUGAACGCUUGCGUGCUGAAUCACGCAAGCGCCUCUAGCGGCUGUCAAUGAGACAGCCACUAGAGGAUUUGGGGGAAGGGUUAACCCAUUCAAAAACAUAGCAGUUUCUCUGAAACUGCUAUGUUUAUAAAAGAAUGGGUUAACCCUAGAAGGACCUGGCACCCAGACCACUUCAUUAAGCUGAAGUGGUCUGGGUGCCUAGAGUGGUCCUUUAAAUCAGUGCUUUCCUAUAGAAGGCCUAAUGUGCACAAUGAGCAGGCCGUGGGGGCAUAGGAACACUAUAGUGUUAGGAAUAGAGCUUUGUAUUCCUAACACUAUAGUGUUCCUUUAAGUUGAAGGAUGGUGCCCCCAGAAGACUUUCAGGAGCAGCUGUUGGAUAAAAGAACUUAGCUAGGUAGCAUAAUGUAAUUGCAAUGAAUACCUGACUGUGCAGAAUUUGCUUGUUUAUGACUAUUCUUUGAUUAAGAUACUGGAGAGCAUUGGUAGCUUAUUAUUUAAGUGUAGAGUGGUUUUAACAUUACUGUGACAAAUGCUCCUUCCUAUGUACGUUUGCAAUGGACUCCUGGAGGAGUGUGGAAGCCAGUCGGUAGGCAAGAGUCUGGCUAUCACACUCCUCCAGCUAUGGUCCAGGUCUGGGUCACCAUUUGGGAGUUACUCUGCCCAGCCGCCAUUAAGAGCUUUCCCUGGGUGCCCCUGGUUCGACACUUUCCCUUUAUGCGAAUGGAACCGAAUGCUGGCUCUUUGUCAGCUGAUCAAAUGAGCCAAAACCACGAAUAGUCCCAGCGGUACUUAGCCACGACUGCUAUGGAACAAAAUUCUGCAUUAAGACUUUGUGGGUUCCCGGUCACCUCAGCGGGACUUAGUCGCGAAUGUUAUGGAAUUGUUUUUGACAUGAAGUGACGGUGCGGUUCCCAGACAGUUUGGUUUUCGGUUUUGAACCACUUUAAAAUCCACCAGGAGAGUGCUUUUUGGGGGGAAGGUGCCUGAGACUAAGGGGAACAAACCCUACCCAAGACUUAGGUGGAGCACCCCGUAUUGCAGCCGCAGGAGCUCCCGAAAGUUGACCAGCCAAAGCACCAAAUGUCCUGGAACUGUUUUGGGCAUAGGACCACGUGUGCAGACGGUCAUAACUUUAACACGUGGGGGCGUUUCCCCUACACUGCAAGGAUCUGAGCGAUAUUUGGAGAACUUAGGCGCUCAGAGAUAUUUAGGGAUGUAUUAUUUGUGGGGUUAUUUUAUGUUUUUAUGGUGUUUUGGGGUAUUUUUAUGUUUUUAUAUUUUUGUGUUUGCCUCUCUGUUCCUGGGAGAUAAUUAUUUUACCGUUUUUUAGCGCAAUUAUCUCCCAUGCCCAGAGAUUCCUGGGAGGGGCUUGUGGUGAAGACAAUUGAGACCCCCUGCUGGAGUCUGUGUAUAAAAAGACUGUGUUUGGAUGCAUUAAACCAAUUGACUCCCAGAACUAUGUUUCGUCUUGUUCCUGUGGGAAUGAAUGUCUGCUUGUUUUAAUGGUUCCAGAGUGGCUGAAGGAAGGACUUAGUGGAGGUAACCAAUCGGGUUACCCGUGGUCCACUACAAUUACAUAGAAAGGCAGGGUGAUAUGUCAUGUGAAAACCCCACCUCUCUCUUAGUGCAGAGUUUUCCUUUGAGCUCAAGCCCCUGGUGUUUUUGGAACCCUGGCUUCACAUUACUAGCAGAUCACUUGCUUGGUCAAGCGUAGAGUCUUAGGUCAUGUAUAUUUUGCAAAACGUUGCCUUACAUAAACAGACAUCAUAAGCUCCCUUGGCAGAAAUUACUAACCUGUUUGUGUCAAAGUCCCACAAGUUGUCUUUGCUUAAAGGACCACUAUAGUGCCCUUGGGUGCCCCCACCCUCAGGGCCCCCCUCCCGCCAGGAUCUAUGGGGAGGAAGGGGUUAAACUUACCUCUUUCUCCAGCGCCGGGAGGGGGACUCUCCUCCUCCUCUCUGCCUCCUCUCCUCCUCCUCGGCUGAAUGCGCACGCGCAGUCGCUUGUGUGCCACCAUUGUGUGCCCCUCUUUGUCACCUCUCGUCUGGUGGCCUUUUUGAGUUGAUUAGUUCCCGUUUUUGUGGCUGGAAUCCGCUUAACUUGUGCUGCAGAGCAGGAGCUGUGCGGGUUAGCGUCCUCUCGUCUCAGCGGUCAGGCCCUGCCCCCCUAUUUUGCUAUUUAUGACUCACUCUAACCACCUAUUUCCUCUGGUCUCCUACCAGGUGAAUAUCACAACAUCCAUGACUCAUUUCAUCCUUAAUCCCUUAAAGGAAACUGUCAGUAAAAAUGUUUUAAUAUCUUAAUAUAACCUUUAACUUUUAAUAUACCACCUUGUAUAUAAUAUUCAUUCUUUAAUGCAAGUAUGCUCACGUUUGUGAAGAAAUUUCUUGUCUGUCUAUCUAUCCUAUUCCCCUUUUAACUGACAUACCUUAGGUUGGACUGUCAGUUAUCCCAGCCAAUGCUCACUAUUUCUCAGUAGUCCAUUGCUUUUCAAGGUCACCUGACAGAAAAUGCUGCAGGCAGAAAGAGCACACACUUUUGGAAAGCAACAGUUGAAAUAAAGUGAGCAUUCGUUCUGAUAACUUUAUGACUCAAGGUGCAUAAAGCUGGCUGUCAGAAAGGGGGAGUGGGAAAGGUAGGCAAGGGUUUCUUCAGAAAUCUCAAUUAGAGAUAGUAAUUAUAACCUAAAUAGUAUAUUAAAAUAUUACAUUUUUAAAACUUCAUAUAUCCUUUAAGAACUAAUGAGAACCCAUGCCAUCACCAUAGACUGUUCUUUGAAUGCUCGAUACCACAAUUUUUUAAUGCUGCGUUGACAUUAGUAGGAACUGAACACGCAACAUAGUCCUAUCCACUGAGCAUCUUUCCAGCUAUUAUUAUACAAUUUGAUGAAAAAUAAUACUUUAUUUUUGCUUUUUUUCACAGAAAACAACAUUGUACAGGUAAAUAAUAAACUAGUGAGAGUAAAUUACUUUUCCCGUCUGCACUUACACCUACUUUAUUCAUCUGCCUGCCGUUUCUUUUAGGCCGAAGAGGAAGAAGAGGAGGAUGACUUGUAUGAACCACCUCCUUGUGAUCUGAAGAGCUGGUUUCCACCCCCUGUAAUGACAAAGCAAAACAGCACAAGUCUGUAUUCAGGUAUAAACUGAAGGGAAACAUUAUUGUGGAAUUGAAAUACAUAGAAUAUGGUGACAGAAGUAUUUUCCUACCUGUAACGGACUGCACGUAAGAUUUUUUUUAGAGAAAAGGCAGUGUUUACAUUACUGCCUAGGGACACCUUCACUGGCCACUCCUUAGAUGGCUACUAGAGGUGCUUUCUGGGUGCAGUACUAACAUUCAGCGUCUCCACGCUCUGCAUGGAGACCCUGAACUUUCCCCAUAGAGAUGCAUUGAUUUAAUGCAUCUCUAUGAGGAGAUGCUGAUUUUUUCACCACAGUGUUUUGCCAGACUGGGAACUAAAUGCAGCCCUGAAAAAAAAUUCUAUACCAGCCCAAUAAUGCGUCGCGCCAGCAUAGUGUGCUGAUAUAGAGGGUGAAAAAAUAAAAUUGAAAACUAUUACUCCAACGAAAGAACGCAAAUAGGGCUUCAAAAUAAACAAAAGAGCGCCUUUAUUUUAAGCAUGUAAUCAAUGUUUCAGUACAACUACUUUGGCCUAUUAAGGACAUUUUAGUAAUGGGACUGAAAUGGUAAAUGUAUGAGUUUGCACAACUGAAAAAAAAUGAAGUUAUCUUGUUCAUUUUGAAGUCCCAUGGGUGCGCUCUUCGCUUUGAAUAUGUUAUUUUGCAUGAGUAUGCAACUAGCAACAUGACUGGGCCAAUACGUGCUCAUUACGUGCUCAUUACAUAUAUGUAUAUAUUAAUGACAUUUAUGUGUAUAUUAUGCACAUAUAAAUGUAUAUCACUAUAUGUGUAAAUAUUAUAGGCAUAAUUAUAUAUGUUACUAAUACACACAUCAAUAUACAUGCAUAUAUAUAUAUAUAUAUAUGUGUAUUACUGUCAGGAUCACAUCAAUUACGUCUAUUAAGUUUACCUCGUUUAGUGUAUCUUGUCUCCAAUUGUCUCCUUUUUGUCUCUUACAGCGACCCUUGUGUAUCUUGUACUUCAUCCCAGUUCCUGUGUGUUUCUUUUUACCCUUCUCCAGCCUCUGUAUGUCUCUUUCCCCCAGCCCCUUUUGUGAAUGUCUUAGCCCCAGCCCCUUUCUCUCCUUCCAAAUCUCAUCUGUGUCUCUUUCUAACUCCAGAUUCUGUGUGCCUCUUUCUCUUCUCCCAGUCACUCUGUGUCUCUUUUUCCCCCAGCCCAGCGUUGCCUCCCACAAAUCUUGUGUCACUUUGUUCCCCUUCCCUUCUGUAUGUCUCUUUGUCCCCCCCAACAAACCUUCUGUGUGUCUUUCUCCCCUCUCCUCCCUGUGUCUCUCUUCCCCCUCUCCUCCCCGUGUCUCUCUUACCCCUCUCUCUUUGUCCCCCUUCCCCUAUCUCUAUUACUCCUCUGUUUCUUUGUCCCCCAUCCCCUGUGGCUCUCUAUUACCCCUCUGUCUCUUUGUCCCCCCUUCCCUUGUGUCUCUCUAUUACCACUCUCUUUGUUUCUCCUUCCCCUGUGUCUCUCUAUUACCCCUCUCUUUGUCCCCCCCUCCCCCUGUGUCUCUCUAUUACCCCUCUCUUUGUCCCCCCUUCCCCUCUGUUUCUGUGUCCCUGCUGUCUGCUGACCUUGUCACAGGGGGACUGAGGGAGGGAACAGAGCUAACUACCAUACUCCCUUGCGGUUCCCAUAAUUCACUACUCAAUGAUGUGGCUGUGCUGGGAAUUAUGGGAACCGCGAGGGAGCAGGUAGUUAGCUCUGCCCCCUCCCUCAGUCCUCCUGUGCUGACAGCUAUGCUGCUGUCAGUAUCAGUGAAUGUGUGGCCGGACUGGUUAGGCGGCCGCCCGGCACACUGACUGAUACUGACAGCAGUCAUACAGCACAGGAGAUGGGGCCGCCGGCCGCAAGGUAAGUAUAACCCCUCAGAGUGUGCUGCCGGAUCGGCCACCCGACGGCACCAACAUGCGGCCGUGAUUUUAUUAAAAAAUAAAUGCAGGGCUCCCUCUCUAUAGGGAGUAAGAGUUCUGCAGCCCCCAGGUGCUGCGUCCUACCGGGAAAUUUCCCGAUAUCCCGGUGGGCUAGUCCGGCCCUGCCAAUGGUUUCCAAUUCUGAUGAUCACAGAGGUGGAGUGGGGCAGAGCCAGUGCCGGCUGACCUGCGCAGCCCUGGAAAACAGGUAAGUUUUUACCUUAUUUAAGGUGAUCAAGGGGGGCAUCUUAAUUGUAUUUUUAAUACUAUAGGGUCAGGAAUACAUAUUUGUAUUCUUGACUGUAAGGAAACCAAGUAUAUUUAAACCUCAUUUGGUAGUUUCCUCCCGAACCGCCAGAGCCUUAGUGAUUAUAGCCCUCCGUUCGGUAGAUAAAGUAGACGAACCAUAUAGUAAUCCCAAUAGCUUCACAAGAUGUUUCCCUUAGUGAAACACAUGAAUCCCCAAACAUCAGCCGAAGUCAAGAAGAAGGGUACAAAAUGAACUAACUUUUAAUGGGUGCACACAGGCUUUUAUGCAAGUCCCCAUGCAAGGGGACAUCCCUCAGGGAGGGACAAAGAUUAACCAAUCACGUACUGUAAAAACAUAACACACACCCACAGUUCCCUCCCCUAGCUCUGGAGAUAAUUAAGUCUGAUAAAAUAAUAACUUAAUUAUCUCCAGGCAGAAAAAUCAAAUUUUUCCCCAAUAACUGGGACACCCCUUUAUACUUGGAGUAUGCCCACAAAUAACAUGUCCCCUUAAAGCCCUGAUCUGGGUGACCAACAUAUCCGAAUUUCACCCAGAUCAGUUCAGGGUUCACAAAAAACUAUGGAGGUCUUCUGUGACCGGCUCAUCCUGGGCUAUAUGCCCAAAACAGUUCCAUGAGUUUGGUGGGUUUUACCGGUCACUUUAGAAAGAGGAGAAAAGCGAACAAAGUACCGAAUGGAUCCCCCGGCUCUUAGCAGCGAUCGUUCCCCUCUGUCGAAUGCACCAAAGUACUGAAUAGCGCUCUUCUAGCUAUUCGGUAAGUAGAGUUCCAGCAUUCGUCUGUUUGAGACCGGUGUUCGGGAAGUCGAGUGUCCGAUUUCAGUUCCAUACACUCGACGACCAAGUCCCGCUGCCUUUGUUCGCAUGAACAAAGAUGGCCGCGGUUUUCUCUGCCACGGGGCGUUCGGCAGUACGAAUGCUGGCCGCACAGACAGAGGCAUCAAUUAAAGCAGUCUUUGAUGUUUAACGAGCCGGGGGGUGGUCUUUGUUCGGUAGUUACAUCUACCGAAUGCAAUAGGCAGAAAUAGUGUAAUAAAAGGGGGAUUUCUUCACACUGACCAUAUAGUUUUCCUUUAAAUAGUAGUGAACUAGGGAUAACCACACACAAGAGGGAUUUGGGAAUUGUUCUAGACAACAAAUUAGGCAGCAAUAUGCAAUGUCAAUCUGCCGUUGCUAAGGCCAGCAAGGUUUUGUCAUGUAUAAAUAGGGGCAUAAAUUCUCGAGAUGAAAAUAUAAUUUUGCCUCUUUAUAAAUCGCUGGUAAGACCACACCUUGAAUAUGCUGUGCAAUUUUGGGCACCUGUCCUAAAGAAAGAAAUCAUGGCACGAGAAAAAGUGCAGAGACGAGCUACAAAAUUGAUAAAAGGAAUGGAGCAUUUUAGUUAUGAAGAAAGGUUAAAAAAUGUAAAUCUGUUCAGUUUGGAAAAACUGCGCCUGAGAGGGGAUAUGAUAACAUUAUACAAAUAUAUUCGGGGCCAGUACAAACCAUUAUCUGGAAAUCUAUUCAUAAACAGGGCUAUACAUAGGACACAAGGUCACACAUUUAGGCUGGAAGAAAGGAGAUUUCAUCUAAGGCAAAGAAAAGGUUUUUUUUUACAGUAAGAGCAAUAAGGAUAUGGAAUUCUUUGCCUGAAGAGGUGGUUUUGUCAGAGUCUAUACAGAUGUUUAACCCCUUCCCGACCUCGGACGUAUCACAGCUAUUUUGAACCCUGGAAGCUCUGAUAGUAUUGCAGUGAUGCUCUGCAUGUGCUGAGUGCCUCGAGGGGUCCUGGCACUCAGUGCAUAUAUAAUAAUAUAAUAAUAUAUAUAAAAAAAUAAAUAUAAAAUAAAUAAAAUGAUCAAUAUUAACCCCCCCCUCCCUUUCUAAAGGCAAUGAGUCAUGGGGCUUUUGGGGGGGGGGGGGGUCCCUAGCCUGCCUCAUCAUAAGGUGCAGGCUGGGGUCAUCCAAUCACAGCUUGCCCCAUUAGCAAUUUCAUCCCAAGUGUGUUCCCCAUUUCUCUGAUUAGUGUGGACAUGUCUCCCUCUCUUCACUUGUGUUUUAGUGAGAGAGUGAGAGAGAUCUAUGGUUUAGCUAGAGAGAUUUAUGUAUUUUUAGGUAGAGAUUUGUAAAAUCUUGAGACCCAAAGGCUCUUUUCAGAGUGCUUAACCCCUGUCUUGCCAGUGGUCACUAUAAUCACUGGCUCUUGCACAGCAGCACUUAUUUUGCUGUCUGUUCAUUUUUUUAGGGGUUAAUUUUUUUGUCUGAUUUUUUGUUGUUGUGACAGGUCACUAAGUAAAGUGAUUGUGAUCAUGUCACAUGGGUCACGGGAGUCAACCAGCGCUGAGCAGUCAUAUCCCACCCUUGCGCUAGAGUCUGACGCGUCUAUGUCAGACUCCGACCCUGAUUUUGACCCUGCCAGGUGCUCAGAUACAUCAUCACUAGAUACAGUGUCUGCUGCUAGUGAUGUAUCUAGUGAUGUUGUAUCUGUGCCUGCUAGUCCCCCUGCCAGAAGGAGACGUGCUGCUCCAGCUGGCAGAACUGCUGAGAAGUGGGUAGUGCCUCAUCGCCAGAGGCCAGACAUCCCAUCCUUUCCUGCAAAUCCUGGCAUUAAUUUGGAUGUCACAGGAUUUAGCCCUCAGCAGUUUAUGGAGGUGUUUCUGGGCGAUGAUGUAUUGGGGAAUAUUGUCGCCCAAACUAAUUUAUAUGCCCAUCAAUUCCGAGCUACAAAUCCUGACUCUUUUUUGGCAAAGCAGCAAUGGGCCCCCAUCGAUGUGCCAGAAUUUAAAAGAUUCUGGGAAUUGACUAUGCUGAUGGGCAUCAUAAAGAAGCCCUCCAUCCGCUCCUACUGGAGCAGUAGCUCCAUCUGCUCUACCCCCAUUUACUCCCAAUGUAUGUCGAGUAAGAGGUAUGAAAUGAUUCUGCAUUUCAGGCACUUCAUCGACAACAGCCUGUGUCCCCCUAGGGAGCAUCCCCAGUUUGACAGGCUGUAUAAAAUCCGCCCCCUGAUUACCCACUUCGCUGCCAGGUUUGCAGAGGCUUAUACACCUGGAAGGAAUAUAUGCGUGGAUGAAUCCCUGAUGAAGUAUAAGGGAAGGCUGGGAUUCAAGCAGUAUGUUCCUUCCAAGUGCUCUAGGUAUGGUGUAAAGAUGUAUAAGCUCUGUGAUAGCGAGACUGGGUAUACUCAGGCCUGUACGAGGGAAAGGAUAGCCACCUCGACCCUCCAGGUUGCCCAGAACAUAUGGGAACCAGUGGCAAGAUUGUCUGGGACCUGAUAUUCCCCCUGAUGAACAAAGGGUACCACUUGUAUACUGACAAUUUUUAUACAAGUGUCCCUUUGUUCAAGCUACUGUACUGUUUUGAUACAGUAGCUUGCAGCACAAUAAAAAAGAACAGCACAGGUUUCCCAGGACAACUUGCACGCACCCGGCUACAAAGGGGGGAGACCUCAGCUCUGCACCAAGAGGAGCUGUUGGCAGUUAAGUACAGAGACAAGAAGGAUGUGUACCUUCUUACUACCAUCCACACUGAGGGGACUGUGGAGGUCCCGGGACGUGGCAGAGCUGAGAGAACAAGGAAGCCUAUAACCGGCAUAUGGGUGGGGUUGAUCUGGCAGAUCAGCUGCUGAAGCCCUACCUAAUUAUACGAAAAACAAGGGCCUGGUACAAAAAGGUUGCAAUCCCCAGUGCUAGACUCUUCGUCGGGACAUAGCUGCAUCCCGCAGAGCAGCAUACGUUCUAUUCGUAGAUCACUGGAAGACCUAAGAUUGGCUGACUGCUGGAGGACACUUAACCCAACGGUGAAGGAUUACACCUACUACUCCGCCCUCCACAAUCGGUACUCGCGCAUAGACUACCUCUUCAUCACACAAGAGGGAAUUACCUGCCUGCUUAGAUCCGACAUAGACCCAGCCACGUGGUCUGAUCAUGGUUCGGUUUGGAUGGAACUGGAAUCCCCUCUGUUCCGACCAUCGUCCUGGACCUGGAGACUCAACGAGGCGAUGCUGCUAGACCCCACCGCAAAAGAUCAAAUAAACCAGGAACUGGAACACUACUUCAGGGAAAAUGGCGUGCCUGAAGCAUCCCCGAUAUCUGUGUGGGAGGCCCACAAAAGCGUCAUUCGCGGUAUAUUUAUCCGCAUUGCGUCGCAAAAACGAAAAGCAAAUAUGAUCGAGAUGACCGACCUGUACCAGAAGAUAACUUCGCUGGAGAGCCAACACAAACGGUCACAGCUGAACGGAGUCUACGGGGAACUGAUGGAACACAGGAGGAAACUUAAAGACCUCAUCACACGAAAACACCUUCGCAAUCUACAACGUACAAAAGGGUUCUACUAUGCCCACGCUAAUAAGGGGGGGAGAUACCUGGCUAGGCUACUAAAGGGCCCCAUGCCCCGCAGGCAAAUACGACAACUACGACUGGCCUCGGGCGAGGUGACCCCCUUCCCACAGAAGAUAGCUGAUGAGUUUCGGACCUUUUACCAAAACCUUUACAACUUACAUCCUCCCCCUCGGACGACACUCGUAGCAAGCCACAACACGAAUAACAGACUACUUGUCCGACACGAUCACUAACGUGAUCGACCAAGACUCGGUGGCCGUGCUCGACGCACCGAUCAGCAUGGAGGAGCUAGCGGCUGCCCUCAAAGUAUCCAAAUCGGGCAAGGCCCCGGGUCCAGAUGGCUUCUCAACUGGUUACUAUAAGAGUUUCUCCAAUCUCCUACUGCCAUGGCUGACCAAAGUGAUUAACGCGGUGGGUGAGGGCGGGAACCUGGGCGCGGAGUCCCUGGCAGCGACCAUUACAGUCUUGCUUAAGCCAGGAAAGGACCCACUACUCUGCGGAAGCUAUCGUCCAAUUUCCUUGUUAAACGUAGACGCCAAGUUAUUCACCAAGUUAUAGCAAGCAGACUCAACCACCUCCUACCGGAUCUGAUUCACGUAGACCAGACAGGCUUCAUCCCGGGACAGGAGACUAGGGAUAGCACUUUGCGGCUGUUCUCCAUCCAACAACACGCCAGAGCAAUGAAAACCCGGCUACUCCUCUUAUCAACCGAUGCGGAAAAGGCAUUUGAUAGAGUCGACUGGACGUACAUGAUGGCCACUCUACAACGGAUGGGAUGUGGGCAGAGGUUCCUCACGUGGAUAUCAGCCUUAUAUAGUAAACCACACGCGACUGUGAGAGUUAACGCGUCCACGACUGCCGACUUCGCGAUAAGCAAUGGCACCCGUCAGGGUUGCCCACUCUCGCCACUUCUCUUCGCAAUGUCAUUGGAACCACUACUCCAGGCGAUUCGCUUAAACCCAAACAUUCAAGGCUAUAACUGGCAAGAUACACACCAUAAAGUAGCCGCGUACGCGGAUGACCUCUUGUUUUUUGUACAAAGUCCUAGGACAACACUACCCUGCCUGCUCUCGGAAUUCGACAAAUUUGGUCGAAUCUCGGGCUUCAAGCUUAAUCUCUCAAAAUGCGAAGUCUUGAAUAUCACGAUUCCUACCGAAGAAUACGCAUCCCUUGAUUCACAAUUUCCUUUCCGUUGGUGUUAUGGUAAAAUGAAAUACCUGGGAAUCUGGGUGGCUACGGUCCCAGACGACACUUAUCGACUCAACUUUGCUCCCCUCCUGAAGUCAAUCGUGACUGACUUGAAUAGGUGGUCGUACCCUCACAUAACAUGGCACGGCAGAGUGGCAGUACUCAAAAUGAAUAUCUUACCGAGAAUUCUCUACCUCAUGCAGACAAUCCCACUGGCCAUACCAAGUAUCUUCUUUUCCUCUCUGAAAACGGCUAUAAUUAAAUUUGUAUGGCGCGGCGAUCGCUCCUGAAUCCGACAUGACAUCCUUUGCCGACCACGAAACCACGGAGGACUCGCACUCCCGGAUUUCAAGAAAUAUCAUCAAGCCACGAUAAUGCAACGGAUGCUGGACUGGCACCAGGACCCCACGACGAAACAAUGGGUAGAGCUUGACAAAGGCCUACUCGGACCAUCACUCGAGAUGGAGAUAUGGGGAAGUGCGAGGGGUCAGGUAUCCAACGGAUACGGCUGGAGGUCGCUGAGGAACCUGGGGCACAUCUCGCCUACCCCCAUCCCCAUGAUUCCGAUUACGCAUAACGUGACUUUAGGAGGAGGACUACAAUCAGGGGCAUGGCCCAUCGCGGGCACUAGGAACUAUAUCCCCAUCUAUCAAAUUCUUGAAGGGGGCAGGUUGCGGGACCUGACCUCACUGUUGGGGACGGAACCUAGGACCCCUCUUGCGGUCCUCAGAUACCUACAGUUGCAACAUUACUAUAACUCGAUGCCACAUAAAGACCGCCUACAUCGCGAUCUCACCUGGUUUGAAGGCCUAUGCGUCCGGGGCACCCCACUAGACCACGCAAUCUCGUCGAUGUACCAACACUUACUUAUAGGGGAUACGACUCAGGCCUCCACCUUCCGCCGUCAAUGGGAUGAACAACUCGGAAAGACACUCACACCCGCACAAUGGGAUGCGGCAUUACUUUGGCAGCAGAAAAGCUCUAUGAGUUCGUACUACCAGGAGGUCAACUACAAAUUGCUCUCAUUAUGGUACAGGACCCCGACCUUGUUGCACAGGAUCUUCCCAUCAAUCACCCCAUUGUGCUGGAGAUGCCAGGCAGAACGCGGCACGCUGAUACACAUAUGGUGGGAAUGUAGGGACAUCGUCCCAUACUGGGCGAUGAUUAAGGAAGCCGUAACCGACAUCCUGGGAGACAUUCCGGAUUGGAGCGCGGAGCUGGCCCUGUUACACAUCUCGACACAACCCAUCCGGACGUACAAAAGAUCUAUACUACGCCACUUGCUAAACGCGGCCAAAGCUAACAUACCGGCACUCUGGAAACAACGCAAUACACCGUCGAAGAAAGAAUGGAUCCGCAGGGUGAAAGACAUACAUGGGGCGGAAGACAUUCACGCCUCUCUGACCGACCGUAAAACGAAACAUAUGGAGAUGUGGCUCCCUUGGUUCAUAUACAUUACCCAGUACAGACAAGCAGAAGACGCUCCUGAACCCACUAAUGGAGCGGCAGCAGUCACUGGUUCCACUUGACGCAGACCAACCCACCCUACACCCCUUUCUUCUAUACCUACUCCCUAUCUAUCCUUCUCCACCUCUGCAAUCGCUAAGCUAACAGGCUCCGGAACUCGGGCUCAGGGGGAAAUACCAUUGGACAUGCAAUUUGCUACACUCUCACGUCACAUAUGCUUCUAGCCCUCGCGGGGCCUGAACGAUCAACCAUAGCUUGGGGAACACGAGAUAUACUUAGAUACACACACUAUUGUGGCACGAAUCGAAGUAAGGGACAACACACGUUCAUAGCUUACGGUCAUGUACCACGUAGACCUACAUCACACUCACUAUAUGCUAACGCUGGUACACACACCAAUGACAUAGUACACUCACUCACACUGGACAAUUGCAUUGUCACUGACAACUACAUGUAACUCGCAAUACGGGAUAUUGGCGAACUGCAGGCUCUGCCAGGAGUGGUAACGAUGUUGGCCAUAGCCAAAGCUAGCUACGAACUAAGACUACUCCCACCACUUCUGCGUGCUAGGAUAUACCUAGCGACUCCAAAACGGAACUACGAGUCCGAACCCAGAAGGAGCAAGUGACCCGCCUUUCCUUUAAUUGCUUCAAUUUCCCGCCCAAACGACCAGGUAACGCAUUGUCAUGUGGCUCCCAUCAUAGACAGUUGAGAACAACCUGUCCUGACGCAACUUCUGUUUGCCCUUUACACAUACUCUGGUUAAGUGAGGCAAUCUGAUUGCUCCAGAUGUUCUAUUCUGUAUGAUACUACCGUUUCUCCCCGUCGUAUACCUACACUGCCUUCAAAGUGUGAACAGCAUAUUCACCUUGCUCGGGGACCUGCGAGUCUCCCUAUGGAAAGUUGCGCGGAGAUCUGCAUACCUCAUUGUAUUGUAUAAUGUGUAUCUAUAAACAACAGAAACCUGCGAGUUUCACACUGUUUACCAACUAACUGCUUUCCACAUUUUGAAAAUACCUUAAUAAAAAGAUUUACAAAAAAAAAAAAAGGUUGCAAUCUACCUAAUGCAGAUUGCAACCCACAAUGCUUUUUUGUUGUUCAAAAAAGCAAACCCCCAAAAUCCCCAAAGUUUCAGCUCCAGAUCACUUUGGGGAUUUUGUACCGUGAUGCACCUGCUCCCUGGGCGGUGAUGGGAGAGAGCAGAGUUGGGGCUACACAUUUUAUUUUUAAAAUUCCCCCUACUGCGGCAAAGCAGAAUCCCCCAAAAAGAUGCAGGGUCAGAGAAAAGAGGGGGCAGAGAAAAGAUAGUGUAUAUCACUGUCCUGAUUGCCCUGGACAGCCUGGACUCUGCAUUGGAGACUGCUUCAAAUGAUACCACACGCUGGUCCAUUUUUUAUUUAUUUUUUAACAUUUUCCGUUCAGUUUUUUUGGUGUCUUUUUUGGGGGGGGUUUGUUAUAGGGGGCACGGGUGUCCUAAGCAGUGUUGUAUCCUGGUUUUGUGCUGCCCUAGGCGCCUGCGGCGUGCGAGGGAGCUGAGCAUACAGCUCAGGGGAAAGUGCUCCCUCGCCAGCUGCCCACCAGCGCCGCCCACCAGCACCGCCCGCCUGGCUUGUCAGUUAGCCUUUAGGCUAACAAGACAUUUGCCCAGUGGCGUCUCUAGGAUUAAUUUUUAGGGGGGGCACGUGGUGGGCCAGGGACAAAAGUAGGGGGGGCACAUUUAACCCCGCCCUCGCUGCAGAUUGAGCCCGCCUUUGCCGCAUGUUAAGCCCCGCCCCCGACACAAUGUGUUGUAUUUUUUUAAUAAUCCCUGGUGGAGGAUUCAUUAUUUUCCACUAGGGAUUAUUAAAAAACAAACACAUUUCCCUUGAUACAGUGCCAUAGUUGCAGCACAGCUAUCAAUUACUGUCUGUGUAUAAUAUCCCUGGACAGUCAGUGCCCUCUGUAUAAUACAGGGUUGUGUGUAUAAUAAAUUGGGACAGUCAGCGGUCCUUGUACAGUGCUGCUCUCUGUAUAAUACAUGGCUGUGAGUAUAAUAUCCCGGGAGAGUCAGUGCUCCUUGUAUAGUGCUGAUCUCUGUAUAAUACAGGUCUGUUAGUGUAUAAUAUCCUAAGACAGAGAGCAGCACUAUACAGGGAACACUGACUGUUCCAGGAUAUUAUACAGACACAGACCUGUAUUAUACAAAGAGCAGCACUAUACAGGAAGCACUGACUAUCCCGGGAUAUUAAACACACAGAGAUCUGUAUUAUACAGAGAACAGCACUAUAGUAUUAUACAGAUAGCUGAGUAUAUACCCCAUGUCCCAAUCUCUAGACUACUAGUACCUGUCAACAGCAGCUCACGCGUCUGGGACAAGGCUAAAGUGUGCGGCAGCUCAAACAGAUGAUUCAGCGGUAAAGCACACUCGCUGGCAGAGCCAAACUGGGAAUCCAAAGCAGCCCUGGAAAAACAUGUAUGCCAUUCCUACAAGUCAAUAUAUAAAUAUAUAUAUAUAUAUAUAUAUAUAUAUAUUGUACAGUGAGAACACAAGCUCACUGACAGACAAAAAACUCUGGCUCACACACAAGCUUACUACAGACAAACUCACUUGUAUAAAUACAAGGCUCACUACAAAGAAAUUCAGGGACACACACAAGCUCACUAAAGAGAAGCUCACUGACACACACAUGCUCACUAAAUAGAAGCUCACUGACACACACAAGCAGUACCAUCUUAACAGUGUUAAGGGCCCCGGGCAAAGCAGUGCACUGGGGCCCUUCCUACACAACAACUCACAGGAAUAACAAUUUUAAUUAUUGAUAGACUGCUGAGUACAUACACACAGUACACUGAAUACAAACACAGAGAGACUGCUGAAUACACACACAGAUUUCUGAAUGCACACAGGCUGAUUUAUACACUUACACACAGACUGCUGAGUCCAUACACACACACUGCUGAGUCCAUACACACACACACAGACAUACAGACUGCUGAGUCCAUACACACACAGACACAAACACAGACUGCUGAGUCCAAAUACACACACACAGACUGCUGAGUCCAUAUAAACACACACAGACUGCUGAGUCCAUACACACACACACACACAGACUGCUGAGUCCAUACACACACACAGACUGCUGAGUCCAUACACAAAUACAGACUGCUGAGUCCAUACACACACAGGCUGCUGAGUCCAUACACACACACAUACUGCUGGGUCCAUACACACACACAGACACACAGACUGCUGAGUACAUACACACACAGACGCAAAGACUGCUGAGUUCAUACACACACACAGACGCACAGACUGCUGAGUCCAUACACACACACCCACAUACUGCUGAGUCCAUACACACACACACAGACUGCUGAGUCCAUACACACACACAGACACACAGACUGCUGAAUUCAUACACACCCACCCACAGACUGCUGAGUCAAUACACACACAGACUGCUGAGUCCAAACACACACAGACUGCUGAGUCCACACACACAAACUGCUGAGUCCACACACACACACAGACUGCUGAUUCCAUACACACACAGACUGCUGAGUCCACACCCACAGACUGCUGAGUUCAUACACACACACACACACACACACAGAAUGCUGAGUCCAUACACACAGACUGCUGAGUUAAUACACACACACACACACAGACUGCUGAGUCCAUACACACAGAGACUGCUGAGUCCACACCCACAGACUGCUGAGUUCACACACACACACACACAGACUGCUGAGUCCAUACACACAGACUGCUGAGUUCAUACACACACACACACACACAGACUGCUGAGUCCAUACACACACACCCACAGACUGCUGAGUCCACACACAGACUGUUGAGUCCAUACACACAGACUGCUGAGUUCAUACACACACAGACUGCUGAGUUCAUACACACACACAGACUGCUGAGUUCACACACACACUGCUGAGUUCUAGACUGCUGAGUCCAUACACACACACCCACAGACUGCUGAGUCCAUGCACAUACACAUAGACUGCUGAGUUCAUACACACACACAGACGCACAGACUGCUGAAUUCAUACACACCCACCCACAGACUGCUGAGUCAAUACACACACAGACUGCUGAGUCCAAACACACGCAGACUGCUGAGUCCAAACACACACAGACUGCUGAGUUCAUACACACACACACAGACUGCUGAGUCCAUACACACAGACUGCUGAGUUCAUACACACACACAGACUGCUGAGUCCAUGCACACAGACUGCUGUGUUCAUACACACACACACACACACAGACUGCUGAGUCCACACACACAGACUGUUGAGUCCAUACACACACACAGACUGCUGAGUUCAUAUACACACACACACAGACUGCUGAGUCCAUACACACACACCCACAGACUGCUGAGUCCAUGCACAUACACAUAGACUGCUGAGUUCAUACACACACAGACAAACAGACUGCUGAAUUCAUACACACCCACCCACAGACUGCUGAGUCCAUACACACACAGACUGCUGAGUCCAAACACACACAGACUUCUGAGUCCACACACACAGCCUUGUGAGUCCUUACACACACACAGACUGCUGAGUUCAUACACACACACACAGACUGAUGAGUCCAUACACACACACACAGACUGCUGAGUACACGCAUACAGACUGCUGAGUUCACACACACACACACACACACAGACUGCUGAGUCCAUACACACACAAACUGCUGACUUCACACACACACACACACACACACACACACACACAGACUGCUGAGUCCAAACACACACAGACUUCUGAGUCCACACACACAGCCUUGUGAGUCCUUACACACACACAGACUGCUGAGUUCAUACACACACACACAGACUGAUGAGUCCAUACACACACACAGACUGCUGAGUACACGCAUACAGACUGCUGAGUUCACACACACACACACAGACUGCUGAGUCCAUACACACACAAACUGCUGACUUCAUACACACACACACACACACUGCUGAGUCCACACACACAGACUGCUGAGUCCAUACACACACACACACACACACACACAGACUGCUGAGUCCAUACACACACACAGACUGCUGAGUUCAUACACACACAAAGAUGCACAGACUGCUGAGUUCAUACACAUACACAGACUGCUGAGUCCAACACACACAGACUGAUGAGUCCACACACACACACACACAGACUUCUGAGUCCACACACACACACAGACUGCUGAGUCCAUACACACACACACACACACUGCUGAGUCCACACACACAGACUGCUGAGUCCAUACACACACACACACACACACACACAGACUGCUGAGUCCAUACACACACAGACUGCUGAGUUCAUACACACACAAAGAUGCACAGACUGCUGAGUUCAUACACACACUGAGUCCAACACACACAGACUGAUGAGUCCACACACACACACACACAGACUUCUGAGUCCACACACACACAGACUGCUGAGUUCAUACACACACACACACACACACACACACAGACUGCUGAGUCCAUACACACACACACACACACACACACACAGAAUGCUGAGUUCAUACACACACACAGACUGCUGAGUUCAUACACACACACACACAGACUGCUGAGUCCAUACACACACACUGCUGAGUCCAUACACACACAGACACACACAGACUGCUGAGUUCAUACACACAAGCUUCCUCACUAGCAGAGACACACACACAAGCAUAUUAAGCCUACCUGUCACUGGGGGCUGUUGCUGGGGGUCAGACAGCCAUCUUCCAUCCUUUCUAGCUGCAGCAUGCUCGGCUGCUUAAUGGCAGGGGUGGGGUUUAUGUGCGGGAGGGGAGCUUCGUUUGGGGGCAGGGCCUGUGCGGGGGAGCCUGUCAGUGCUCCCUCCAGCCACAGACAGCCCCCAGCACCUCAGUCCUGCAUUCCCUCGAGCUGUAACAGAUUGUUACAGUCCGAGGGAAUAUAAUUUAAACACAUGGCCAGCAAGUUGCCGGCAUUUGGGGGGGCCCAAGAGAGGCACAGCAUGAUGUAGGGGGGGCCAUGGCCCCUUCUGCUCCCCCCCCCCGUGAUGCCACUGCAUUUGCCCUGGGCAUUUGGGGCGGCUUUUUUUGCCGCCCCCUGGAAAAUGCCGCCCAAGGCAAAUGCCCUGUUUGCCUCGCAGCUAAAACGUCCCUGGUCCUAAGGAGACUUUGCAGAAAACAACCUGGGGUGUUUUCUUGCAAUAACCAACAAUGGGCUCUCCUAAAUCACAGUCAAAGAGCAAUGUGUGUGUAAAAAUGUGGAUUGAACAGUUACCCCCACACAUGUUCUUCAACUUUUUUAUUUUUUGUCUGGCUAAAAAAAGUUGCAUCAAAGCACUCCACAUGCAAUACCUCAGGUUGUCUACGUUUCAAGUAUGUACCCUUUCAUGGCAAUAUAUAAAACUGGGGUAUAUGAUAAGCCCCAAGCUAAAGAUAGGCCUGUCAGAAGAAAUACUCUCAAUUUCAACUCAAAUUGCAAGUCAUACAAUUGUAACCGUACCUUCCCAAAAUCCUGGCAAACCUAUGCAUGGGGGGCAUGGGUGUCCUAAGGAGGCCUUGCAGAAAACAACCUGGAGUGUUUUCUUGCAAUAGCCAACAACGGGCUCUUCUAAAUCACAGUCAAAAAGCAAUGUGUGUGUAAAAAUGAGGAUUGUACAGUUACCUCCACACACGUUCUUCAACUUUUUUAUUUUUUGUCUGGCUAAAGAUAGGCUUAUCAGAAGAAAUACUCUAAAUUUCAACUCAAAUUGCAAGUCAUACAAUUGUAACCGUACCUUCCCUAAAUCCUGGCAAACCUAUGCAUGGGGGGCAUGGGUGUCCUAAAGAGGCCUUGCAGAAAACAACCUGGGGUGUUUUCUUGCAAAAACCAACAACGGGCUCUCCUAAAUCACAGUCAAAAAGCAAUGUGUGUGUAAAAAUGAGGAUUGUACAGUUACCUCCACACAUGUUCUUCAACUUUUUUAUUUUUUGUCUGGCUAAAAAAAGUUGCAUCAAAGCACUCCACAUGCAAUACCUCGGGGUGUCUACAUUUCAAGUAUGUACCCUUUCAUGGCAAUAUAUAAAACUGGGGUAUGUGAUAAGCCCCAAGCUAAAGAUAGGCCUAUCAGAAGAAAUACUCUCAAUUUCAACUCAAAUUGCAACUCAUACAAUUGUAACUGUACCUUCCCAAAAUCCUGGCAAACCUAUGCAUGGGGGGCAUGGGUGUCCUAAGGAGGCCUUGCAGAAAACAACCUGGAGUGUUUUCUUGCAAUAGCCAACAACGGGCUCUUCUAAAUCACAGUCAAAAAGCAAUGUGUGUGUAAAAAUGAGGAUUGUACAGUUACCUCCACACACGUUCUUCAACUUUUUUAUUUUUUGUCUGGCUAAAGAUAGGCUUAUCAGAAGAAAUACUCUAAAUUUCAACUCAAAUUGUAAGUCAUACAAUUGUAACCGUACCUUCCCUAAAUCCUGGCAAACCUAUGCAUGGGGGGCAUGGGUGUCCUAAAGAGGCCUUGCAGAAAACAACCUGGGGUGUUUUCUUGCAAAAACCAACAACGGGCUCUCCUAAAUCACAGUCAAAAAGCAAUGUGUGUGUAAAAAUGAGGAUUGUACAGAUACCUCCACACACGUUCUUCAACUUUUUUAUUUUUUGUCUGGCUAAAAAAAGUUGCAUCAAAGCACUCCACAUGCAAUACCUCGGGGUGUCUACAUUUCAAGUAUGUACCCUUUCAUGGCAAUAUAUAAAACUGGGGUAUGUGAUAAGCCCCAAGCUAAAGAUAGGCCUAUCAGAAGAAAUACUCUCAAUUUCAACUCAAAUUGCAACUCAUACAAUUGUAACUGUACCUUCCCAAAAUCCUGGCAAACCUAUGCAUGAGGGGCAUGGGUGUCCUAAGGAGGCCUUGCAGAAAACAAACUGGUGUGUUUUCUUGCAAUAGCGAAUAACGGGCUCUCCUAAAUCACAGUCAAAAAGCAUUUUUUGACUAAAAUGAUUGCAUUUAAGGCAUCAAAACACUCCAUAUACAAUACUGCGGGGUGUCAACUUUUCAAAUAUAUGCACGCUCAUGGCAAGAAAAUACAUUGGGAUAUCUGAUAAGGCCCCCAAAAGGAAGAUAGGCAAACAAGAUAUGUAAAAUUAGAAAAACGCAUAUCAGACAUUUUGCUUUGCACCCCCAGUGAACCCGACACACCUAUGCAUGGGUGGUAUCGCUGUACUUGGGAGAUGUUGCCGAGCACAUAUUGGGGUGUCUUUUGGCAGUAACACCUAACAGGAGCUGAGAAUCUAUACCCAAAGUAGAAUGUGUGAGUGAAAAAUAACACCACAAAAAAAAAAAUGACUACCCAAAUGUUUGACAGAGACUGGUGGUAGAAUUAGUGCAUGUAAAGUGUUGAAAUGCCACCAUGUGAAAUACCCUAGGGUGUCUACUUUUCAAAAACAUACGGUUUGACGGGGGUGAAUUACAUUGGCCGGCUUCAAAAAUGUUCCAACUGGGACAUGGUUGCAUGAUGGCCAGAUGUGGGUUUUUUUUCCAUUUUUCAUCAUAUUUUACUUUUUUUUUCUAGUAAAUUAUAUGAUAUGAUGGAAAUAAUGGUCUCUUUAGAAUGAACAUUUAAUAGCGAAAAAAACGGUAUAUAAUAUGUAUUGGUACAGUAAAUGUGUAAGAGGCAAAUUACAUCUAAACACAACCAUUGCAGGAAUGUAAAAAGAGCCCUGGUCCUUAACAGUAAUAAAAUUGAGAAAUGGCCUGGUCACUAAGGGGUUAAACUGCAAUUGACUAAAUACUUGCAAAAACAUAACAUACAGGGAUAUAAUUUCUAAUUAGUGGGGUAAUAGCUGCUUGAUCCAAGGAGACACCUGACUGCUAUUUUGGGGUCAAGAAGGAAUUUUUUCCUAGUUUGUUGCAAAAUUGGAAGCGCUUCAGACUGGGUUUUUUGCCUUCUUUUGGAUCAACAGCAAAAAACAUAUGUGAGGAAGGCUGAACAUGAUGGACAAAGUCUCUUUUCAGCUACGGUAUGUAACUAUGUAACUAUGUAGUAAGUUAACUAGCAUGCCAUGUGAUAAUUUAGUUUGUUGGCACAACUCCAAAACAAACCGAAACAUAUCCAGACUGUGGCAUUUUUUAUUAGUGCAUCCUUCCUCUCAAAUUAAAUGGCAGCAUAGUUAUUUAUAACGCAAACAUUCUAACUUCAUAGAGUCAUAUUGUCACUAUUUAAUGAUUACACAAGGAGUCACAAUAGAUAUGGAGAUGGAAAGAGUUGUGAUUUUUUGGAGCGCUCUUUAAGGAAAUUUUGAGUGCAACUUAGAGUUGGUAUGAUUCAUAUGCUGCUGCUGACACACUCAGAGUGUGAUGCCCUCAAACACACAUAACAUACACAAAAAACUGAAUAGAUAAGAGUGGAGCAGUAUAUAAAGAAAGUGGCUGUUUAGGUGAUGAGCCCAAUAUAUAAUGUGAAUUGUGAGAAAAUUAAGAUAAGUUAAAAUGAUGCUUAAUGAUAAGUAGAUGGCCUCAAGUUGGCAAUUUCUCAGCACAUAUGAGAAAAAAAUACAUAAAAAACACAUAAUAGUGUUUUUUAUCCUCCCUUAUACACAAGUAUGUCCCGUCUAGGCCCUUACGAUCUGCUGAAGACUUACUCCCACCUCUGAGGCUCGCCUUCAAGAUUUAUCGAGGGCUGCACCGUUCCUGUGGAACUCGCUUCCCUCCUCUGUUAGAUGCUCACCCAGUCUCCACUCCUUCAAAAAAUCGUUAAAAUCCCCUUUCUUCAUAAAAGCGUAUCAAUUAAACUGCUAAUAGCUCCUGACUGAUUCCUCUUCUGCAACUGUCACUAGUCUAAUACUAUCCUUACCUUUUUGUGUCAUUUUACCCCACUCCCUCUAGCAUGUAAGCUCAUUGAGCAUGGGCCUCAACCCCUCUGUUCCUGUGUGUCCAACUUGUCUGGUUACAACUACAUGUCUGUUCGUCCACCCACUGUAAAGCGCUGUGGAAUUUGACAGCGCUCUAUAAAUAUCAUAAUAAUAAUAAUAGAUAGAAAGGAAUUAUAGCAACAUAUACUAAAGAUCCCUCAAAAUAUACUCAAAAUAUAGGGCUAAGCAAAUCCAAUUACAAAGUGCGUAAGCUCAAUUGGCCACAAAGUGCAAAGUAUUUAUUAAAAUAAAAUGGAAAUUUAAAACUUUAAAAUCAUCACACACUAAAAUAACUGUCUCUUACAAGAAGAAAUGGCGAGUUGGCACGGCAUACGCCGCUACUCUCUACCCAGCUUUUCAAAUGUUAGAGCAGGAGACACUGGCUUCGGUACGCUGUGCAAAAGAGGAAGUAUAUCAGUCUGGCUUCAAGUGGUGUGCAGUAGAUAGCAGCUUGGUUUUCUGAGCAGCUGUAGUCUCGUCUCCUUAAUGACGUUGACUCGUUUCUCCGGUCUGCCCGGCUUCCUCAGGAAAUAGUGCUACACUAUAAAAUAUAUGUGUAUCUAAUCUCAGUUCUAAGGUAAUUGCCAUAUACAAAUUAAAAUUAGCAUCUGGACACAGGUAAUAUUUUUAAGCUUAAUUGAAAAUAAUUACACUGUGACCCUAUUUGGACUGCCUUACUAAGAAGUUGAACGCUCAACAUAAUCUCCAUAUUUUAGGCCAUUUCAUAUUUUUGGACAAGCUUUUCAAAUUAUGCAAUAAUAUUUGAAAGAAACCAGCGCUUAUAAAUGUAAUAAUUAGUAAACCUUUUGUAAAAACAAAUAGAGAUACAGCUGCUAAAACAUUCUAAUGACCCCUUCCAACGUCACACAUAAAAAACAAUACAAAAUAUAUGAAUGUAGCGCUUAUUAAAGAAAAGAAAUAGUGAAUCACCUUUUUGAGCGAUUUAAAUGAAGAUAAUACGAAUGUCUCAAUUAGAUAUCUGUAAAAGACAAUCUAACAUAGUGUAGAUCAUACAAUAAAAUAAUAGAGAACAAGUGGUUAAUAUUUAAACUCACAAACAUGGAGCUAUGAGCCCAACUCCAUGUUAAAGCGACUCUGGAUCCGUUUAGGCAAUCCACCCCUAUAAAUGAUGUCUUAUCCUUUAGUUCUGAAAAACACAACAGGGGGACCACCAAUGGUGCAGUAUUGUUGUUGCAUAUAAAUGUAAGAAUAUAAAAUCCCAAAAAUCAAUACUCACAAUGCUGGAGUCAUAGACAUAUGACUCAAUUUAACCCGCACUGUGCAGAUUAAGGACUGCACUCCUUCUUUGUUGAGAAGUAAAAACUGGAACCAAAUGGCGUAAAAAUAAAAAUAACAAUUUUAUUACAUAUACAUAUAAAAUUCAAAAUGCCUGUAUCGGCUGUAAAGACCGGUACGGGUUUCGCCAACUAUAAUUGGCUUCCUCAGCCGGAUAAAAAUUAUAUGUAUUCCCAAGUUCCCUUCAUCGGUUUUAAAUCUUCUCAAAUCGGCGGGUAAGCGUUUGGUUCAAAAUUACCGUCACACGCUAGUGGCGCCCACUAGCACAGCGUGUGCGGUUCAUGCCUCUUUUUCGUUACGGUACCUGCAGGUACCGAGAUGUUAUCCUCCUAAUUGUUUUCUCCAUAGCGAAUGAGAGUAUCUUCUUUCCCUUUUGAUUCCACAGUUUUCAAAUUCACCUUAUAGGGUUUCUUCUUCAUUUGACAAUAGUCCAUAUGAUAAAAAUAGGUAAAAAAGGAAGAAAAAGAAAAGCGCAGUAUCAGUCCAUAAUACAAAAUACCUUGUUUUAAAUCGCAAUAAAAAAUAAAAAUUCCGUAUAGUAAAAACAGUAAAAUGUACAUUCUCAUUUGUUUGCAGCAAAGGUUGCAGAAUACAAGUCUUUUAUAAGCUUGAUACUAUAAGAUUACAUACACAUAUUGUUGCAAUCCUGUUGCAGAAAAUACAUUUGUAAAUAAUAAUUGUACCCAGUUCCCUUUCACACUGUUUGUUGAUGAUCCAUUUUGCUUUAGUUAAAUUGAAUUACUUUUCUCUCUCUUCUUUCCUAAUUAACCCUUCUUUAUAUUAUCAAUUGUCUUAUUUUAUCCACACUCAUUUUGUUUCUUUUUCGUGGAGAAUAAUAAUAUUGUUAAAAACAUUAUAAAAAUGACAUCAAUCAAAAUUGUAAAAAACAUUGUAAAAAUGCCAUCAGUUAAAGUUAUAUGUUUUUAAAAUGAUAUAUCCCUUCUUGAUGGGAUAAAAAAGUGCAAAUUGAUAAUAAUUAUUCUAUAUGAUUAGUGUCACUAUAAAUGGAAACAUCAUAAAAAAAUGACAUAAUUCAAAGUCGGAGUUGAGGCCAUAAGGGAUUAAAGUAUUCAAUUUAUAGAUCCAUUCCAUUUCCAGUUUUCCCAAAUCCUUUAUAAAAUCCCCACCUCUCCAAUUUUGUUUGCACCUUAUCUAUACCACAAAAAGUUAAACCCUUUGUUUGCUUUGUAAAGCUUUUCAAAUUAUUUAAUAGUUUUGGAUCAACUUCAACAAUUAUUAAAUGUUUUGAAAAAUAUUUUGAUAUUUUUUAUGAUAUAUUUUUGAUAUUUUAAUAUUUUUGAAAAAAAUUAUUUUAAAAAAUGUAUCCAAAAAUAGUAAAGGGACACUAUAGUAUUAGGAAUGCAAAACUGUAUUCCUAAUGCUAUAGAAUCCCUCUGCAGUUAAAUAUAGGUAUGCACCCCUCUCCCCCAAGCUCCAGUGGUGAAAAAGUUGAAAGCCCUUUUUUUCACUUACCUUAUUUCAUUGCUUAGGUUCCUCGAUGCUGGUUCCAUCUCCUCCUCUUCCGACAUCAGUGCAAUAGGGGAACUUAAUGCGCAUGUGUAGCGAGCUCUGUGUGCACAUUAGGCCUACCCGUAGGAAUACAAUGAAUCGAUAUUUUCCUAAAGGGAUUUAGAAUACGUUGGAUAUCUUUAUGUCAAUCGUCAAGAUGUCCAGCUUAAUUUCAUAGUUAAACUCCAUGAAAGGCUAGGGAGUGCUUCUAGUGGCUGUCUGGUAGGCAGCCAGUAGAGGCAAUCUUAAUCCUGCAAUGUAAACAUUACAGCUUUUCUGAAUGAGAAUCAAGUGGUCUGUGUUCUUAAAUUGUCCCUUUUAGUCAUUGAAAAGCUUAUCUAAAAUAUUAAAUUGAGGACCAUAUAUGAAAGGAGAAAUGUAAUUUUUCUUGUCACCACUAGAGGACUCCCAUACAUUGCAUCUCAGGGUAAUUUACAAACAGAAAAAAAUAUUUAAAAGUAUUAAAAAUUAAAAAAAACUAUAUGUCUUAAAGGUUGCACGAGCAAGUGGUUGAUGGUGCAUUUUCAUCAAAGUGUAAUAGACAAUAUAUAUAUAAGAAUGUUACCAUCUUUGCCAUUAUCUCUUUUUCUCUUUAGAUCGUUCAGUAGAGGCACCUUCACCACAAACACGUCCCGCAAGGGAGAUAGGCAAUCAGGUAAGAAUUCUUAUUGUUAGUUCACUCAGCAUAGACACCAGUAAAAUCUUUUUUUGGGAGAGGGAUGGGGAAAGGAAAGGGCGGGAAGCAGGGGGGAGAGAUAUAUGUAUGUGUGGGUAAUAUUACAUUUUGUAUGAAAUGCCUUAUCUUACUCCACCUUAUCUACCUGCAUUUUCCAUCAAAGCCAAGUUGACACAACUUUUAUCUAUGUCUCUGUGCAUUGAUUGCCACCUUCAUUUUACACGGUUUUACUGUUUUUUUGUUUUUAAUUCUUUAUUUUUCUAGUGCUUAAGUUUUUAACAGAUGGUUGUGAGGUACCCCAAAGGCAUUCCUCCAACACAUUAGAAACAUUUGAACAUAGAGGUACAUGAGAAAAUCUAGCACAAUUUUUAUGUUUAAAGAGAGUUUGAGUGGUAAACAAUAGAGAGUCUAACUGCUAAUUCUGUCUCAUAGCUGAUAACAUUGCUGGUAUGUCUAGUUAGCUGAUUUUAAGCAUUUUAGAGUAACCUACGAGCUGAGUAAUACAGGCUUAGUCUAGCUUUUAUACAGGAGUUGUGAUUGUGGGCAUAGGUCGGCAACCAAACAUUUUGAAAGAAAAGGAAAUAAACGAUAAUGGUACAAAUAAAAAUGAGGAGGCAAUACUAAUGUGCACAGGUGCCUAACCCGCUAUGCUGUGAGACUAGCGAGUCAUGUAAUGGGCUUGCAUACAGAAAGCAAAAUUAGUACACUGGCCCUGUUUAUAUGCAGUUCUGUUCCCGUCCUUUUCUAGUUUUAACCGCAAGAAUUGUAAAAAAUUAAGAUAAAACUUAAAAUGGGUGCUUGUAAAACUUUUGAGUCUGGUAAGGGUGCCCUUGGGACUACUUGCCAGGGGUGGGAGAGUCCUCUGCUUAUCUGUAGGGUCAGCCAAUUCCCCGUUGGAGCCAGACUAAAUUCUGCCAUAAGAGUCCCGGUGUCAGGCCCAGCGUCCUGCAGGAGUGGGGACAGGUAAGGUUGGAGUAGUGUUCCGGCAGGGUGUCCGAGAUCUGUCCGAGCUGCGCUAGCUGCAGCAGAGGCAUGCUUGGUUUGUGGUACAUAUAAUUCGCACUGCUCCUUACUGGGUUGUGGGUCUGGUCUCCUGGUGUUGGGUCGCCGCUAUCCAGUUGGCAUGAAGACGGGCUGAUGUGUGUCCGUGCGAUUGUUCUUUUGUUCUGCAGGGACGUCGGUGUGCUCGUGUUGCCGCCCGGCUGAUCUAUGAUCUCCCGCUGCUCCAACCCCCUGGGUGUUUUGAUGCCGGGGGAGUCUGUGCUUCCUCCCGCUUGACCUGGUGUGGGUGAGCAUGACUCUAAUAUUACACCAAAUCGUACAGGUUUAAAAUCCAAGAGUCGCUUCACACCAAACUUUUCGAGCUAUAGGAAUAUCGAACUUUUUUUGGAAGCAGCCAAAAUUGAAAUCGAAAAAAUCAACCUUAAAUCUCUCCGCAUCCAUUCACGUGAUAAUCUCCUAAGACGGGAACAACGUGCUUUAAAAACUUUACAAGAUGAUAUUGAUAUCAUCAUUAAACCCGCCGAUAAGGGGGGAAAUAUCGUUGUGAUGGAUGUGGAAAAAUAUCUUGAAAUGGCGGAACAAGUCCUAAAGGACACUGAGACAUAUAUAGUCCUUAAGCAAGAUCCCACUAAUGCCUUUCUCUCUAUGUACAAAGAGAUCCUGGAUGAGGGCCGCAGUGGGGGGUUGCUGUCGGGUGACGAGUUUGAAUUUAUUCUCACUCGUCACCCCAAGAUAGCAACCUUCUACUGCCUGCCGAAGAUCCACAAGAAUCUAGAGACCCCCCCUGGGCGCCCCAUAGUUUCUGGGGUCGAUAACCUUACGCAAAAUGGUAGUCUGUAUAUUGAUAAAGUUUUAAGACCUUUUGUCGAAACUCUACCCUCAUACAUCAGGGAUACUAAACAGGCACUUAUUAAAUUGGCUAACCUUAAAUUCUCCUCCACCGCCCAACUAUGCAGUCUGGAUGUUGAAUCCUUAUAUUCAUCUAUACCUCAUGACAGAGGUCUAGAUCAUGUGAGUUUCUUUCUUACUCAAAAAGUCUCAAGUGAUGACCCUUAUACGAUUUUUUUUCUACGCCUUCUUAAGUUCAUUUUAUCACACAACUAUUUUUUGUUUAACAACCGGUUCUACCACCAGGUGAGGGGUACUGCCAUGGGGACGGCUUGUGCCCCCUCAUAUGCAAACCUCCACCUGGGGUGGUGGGAAGAACAGGUGCGCCACUCAGACAAGUUAAGUGGACACCUAUCUAAGGUCCUGUGGUGGGGUCGAUAUAUCGACGAUAUCCUGAUCGUCUGGCAAGGUACCCCUGGUGAAUUUCAGGAUAUGGUGACACUCCUUAAUCAAAAUGAUGAAAACCUCCGAUUCACAUCUGAAUUCGGAGGACGUUCUAUAAAUUUUCUUGAUGUCACCAUUAGUAUCAGUGAAGAUGGUACAUUCCAUUCUACGCUGUUUCGUAAACCUACAGCAACUAAUUCCCUUCUACACUGGACUAGCCAUCAUCCGCGUCCCCUCAAAGAGGGUAUACCGGUAGGCCAAUAUCUUCGCCUCCGGAGAAACUGUAGUGACACCCAGGAUUUUAUAAUCAAGGCGAAACAACUUCGGCAACAUUUUAAGGAGAAAGGUUACCCGAAUCGUUGUUUAAAAAGGGCCUACAAAAGAGCACUCCAGACUGAGAGGAGUGAGUUAUUGUGUGAUCGUCCAAAAAUGGACACUAAUCAGGACGUUGGAAAUAUUCGCAUGAUAGCAACAUUUGAUGUGGGAUGGCCAGAAGUUCGGAAAUCACUUGAACGUUUCUGGCCCAUCCUGCUCAAUGAUGUGCAUCUCAAAGAUACUCUAAGCCCACAUGUUAACAUUACAUCCAGACGUGGACGGAACAUUCGUGAUUUACUGGUUCCUAGCCAUUUCUCCAUGAAACCACAACAACGCGCCACUUGGCUUGGUACCCCCCCAAUUGGUACAUAUGGGUGCGGUAGAUGCGUAGCCUGUAAAUUUAUCCUUAGGGACUCUAAGACUAUUAAGGACAGUCAGGGACGUGAUUCCUUCCAAGUCAAAAGCUUCUUCAAUUGUAAUACGAAGGGCCUUGUAUAUUUAUUAUCUUGCACAUGUGGACAGAAAUAUGUGGGAAAAACCUUUAGGGCCUUUAAGGAUAGGAUUAUGGAGCAUGUGAGAUCUCCUAGAAAUCGCCUCGAGACACCCAUAUCGAGACACCUUAAAGAACAUCACCAGGGGAAUUCCAAUAAUCUUAGGUUUUGUGGUUUAGAGUUGGUUAAAAGGACUUUGAGACGUGGAGAUUAUGAUAAAAUAUUAAGACAGAGAGAGUCAAGAUGGAUAUACGAACUCAAGACACUCCAACCUCUAGGUCUUAAUGAGGGCUUUUCUUUUGCCCCUUUCAUAUAAUCCGCUUCUCAGAGGAAGCCUUUUUGAACAAUGUACUGUAUAUAUAUUUAUACACAUGUAUGUAUUUUUCUAUGUAUACAUAUAUACUUAUAUACACUUCCCUGCACCAAUCUAAUAUAGUUAUAGACUAUGUGAAUGACUAUAGAUUGAUAGGGAUUCUGUCGUCUGUAUUCUAGUAUGUAAUCAUUGGACAAUGAAUACAAUUAUGUAUAUAUCUUUUUCUUUCAGCCUAUUACUAUUACUUUAUUUUAUUCUACUUUAUUUAUUAGUUAUUAGUGUUUAUAAUACCACUCUUUUGUCUCUUUACAAUGUAUGCUUGUGAUUAACUCUAAAUAUGAUGGGAACUUAAUAUCUUUCUUCUGUUAUUCUUUUUCGUUUGAUGAUUCAUUUAUAUAUGUUUUUUGAACUUUCUACCCCUUUUACUCCACUCUUCUGAACGCUACUAAUGUAGCACUCCGUUCUUUAGGACUUGUUAUUUAUACCGGCAUAUGUAUAACACUGUGUACGCUAAGUUUACUAUGUACACAUUCGCGCAUGCGCACGGACUGACCCUGUAAUCGGGUUUUAUGUUAUGCGCAUGCGCGGCUCUAUGACAUGCGCGGUUCUUCUUGAUACUUAGCCUGACACUAAGUCGGCGCGCCUGCGCGUGGACAGGUAUGCGCACGGACUUGUGAUACGAGCGGCUAUCCCUGUCCCUCCUCCUCUGAGAUGGAGCCGACAUAUGGACGAAUCAGAUGAACUGGGAGGUACUAUCAACGUUUAAAUGGAGUAAGGGGGGAUUGUUCUGUUUGCCUCAUUUUACUUUGUGCCCUUGAGAAAGGUGGUUAAUCCACCGAAACGCGCGUUGGGCUAUGGGCUAUUUUAUAUAGCUAAUCAAGUUUAUUUUGUUUUUUCUUUGUACCUUACAGUAUGGUUUAGUGGUACUGAGCGUUUUUGCAGCUCUGGUUUUCUUAUUUAGUGAUAGGUGGGCUGUUUAUCGGGAUUAGGCACUCAGACCUAGUUUUCCUGUAUGUAGAUCUAUAAUCAGGUCUUUCUGCUUUAUUUUUCUCCUUUUAUUUAUGCCCUCUUCUAUCCUUUCGAUUUCCAUUCAAAACUUAACCCUGUAGGUACAGCAGCAGAGUCUUUGGCUACUAUUGUGGCUUACACUGUUUCACUUCAUAAUGAUUUUGCCACAUUCUGAUAUGGUUAGCCAUACUCUGCAGCGAUUAGUUUUUUAAGUGCAGAAUUUUUGGUUUUUCAUAUCUACUAUUGUAUCUACUCUUUAUUAUUUUUUUUGCACAGGUACUUAUUAUAGUAUUAUAUCUAUGUUUUAGCCAUAUUCUAUAUUCUGUAUCGGGCUUGCAUUGCACAGUCUAUGGUUCUUAUGUAUUUAUAUAUGUACUAUACCUUACCUAUAGGUAUUUGACAUACUAUACUAUAUAUACAUAUAUAUAUCAGCCAUACUCUGUAUAUAUUGAGCUUUAUUUAUUUUAUCUAUAGAUAGAUGUGUUUUCCUUCUUUGAUUUUAAUAAGGUUUUUCCCAAUAAAAUUGUUUAUUAUUUUUGAGACGCUGUUUUGGGGUGGCUUGGAGGUGAUCAGCCCGGUCUCUGUAUGAGGCGAUCAAUCCUCCAUCUCUGCUAUUUCUCUUUCUGGGUGAGCAUGUAGCCCGGUUUCUGGCACAGCCUCUGGGUCCGUCGGGAACAGAAGGGCCUCCAGCUUUUCCCAAAAGAUUUGGAAGGCUCUGUCCAGCCGAUUCUCGACCUCUGGCAGCGCAACAUGAGUGCCGGGAAAACACGUUGCCUCCACCAUUUUGGGUGCUGUGUCGUCGCUUGAGGGAGGCCUCUGUGUCACCACGGCAGUCCUACCGGGCUGUAUCAGGGUCUCCCGAGGGUGGACCGGGAUAACCCCCACCGGUCCAGAGGGGGGGGAACAGGGGUCUGGUCACCGCUUGUCGGCCGCAAGUGCCAGCGGGGGAGCGGCCGUCUCCCUCACGCCGACCACAUGUAUAGGCCUCACGGGGUGAACAGGUGCAGUAAGCCGGAAUCGUAGCUUGUGUGGCAUCAUUGUGUGCCCCUGGGUUUCUCCUGUCAUAUGAAGGCCCUUUUGGACCGAUCAGAUCCCGUUUUGGCUAGUGAAAUCCAAUUAUUUAGCACCGUUGAGCAGGAGCUUUGCAAGUAUGCUUCCUCUGUUCUCAGCAGUCAGGCCCCGCCCCCACGGUUUUACUGUUUAAACAUAACCACUAGGUGCCAAUGUCAUUAAAGACUCAAAGUGUAAUUUACAUAUCAACAUUUUUUGUUUUAAAAUUGGGCAUUGCAUGUUGUCCAACAGGAAAUUUAUAAUAUUACAUGCCAUGUAAUAGGAGACUCAGAGCAUUGUGAUAUUGGAUGAUUCAGACAGUUAGAUCAUGCACCGUAGACCUUUCUGCAAGUCGAUGACGCCCUUUCAGUAUCACCUAAAUGACAAAAGGAGUGUGCAUAUAUUUAGGGUGCCUAUUAUAAUUUUCUCAUUACCCAUCUAACUUUUUGUAUGACAUGAGCACGAUUAGGCCAUGCAGUGAGUAGCUCACAUUGCUGAGGUAUAAGAUAAUUUAGAUGAUUCAGCCAUGCCAAAUUUCACAUGUCCUUCCAACACCACUGAAUUGAAGAUGACCAAGGAGCCUGCACCAGUUCAAUAAACAAAUUGAUUUUAGCCCAAAUCUCUCUGGCUUUUAAUGCACAGCAUGAACACAAUAUGUGAUAAAACAUCCUUUUUUGGGCAGACUGUUCCACAUAUUUAUUGUUCUUAUUUUGAAGAACCCUUUUUUUGCUGUAGGCAAAAUUGCCUCUCUUUAAGUCUGUAUGGACCACCUUCUGUCUAUUGCAUAUUUCUGUUGAUGAACAGGCUAGCUGUUUAUACUGGCCCUAAAUAUGUUUAUAUAUAGUAUUAUCAUAUUCCUUCUGAGACAUCUUUUUUUUUCUAAAGCAAAUUCAGUUUUGCUAGCCUUUCUUCAUAACUAUAAUCUUCACUUACCUUUAUUCAUUUUGUAGCCUGCCUGUGCACCAUUUUCAAUUUUGAUAAUAUCCUUCUUUAAAACUGGAGCCCAAAACUUCCUGCAACUUUCAGGCCUCACUUCACUCAUACUGAAUCUCCUUAUUACUCCUCUUCCUGCAACUUUCAGGUACUGACUGAAGCUUUGAUGAUACUCUACCUCAUCUAUUCUAUCCUUUUCACCAUAUUAUUAUUUGUUACCAUAACAAUGACCAUUUAUAUCUGUAGUUUGCCAUUGUAAUUUUCUGUGCAUGCAGUUUUUCACCAAUAUUUCAUGUACACAUAGUUAAAUAAUAUUUGUGGUAACAGAAUUUGGUUCGUAAACUUUUCAAUUGUAUACAACAAAUGUUUGCUCUACCCACUCCCUCUCUCUCUCCAUCAUUUGCCCCUCCUGGCUGUAAAUAUCUUCAUAAAACUGUAUCGCAGUGUUUCCCAAUUGGUGUUCCUAGGGUUCCGCGGAACACUAAUUGGGGUCCGCCGAAAAAUUUGAAAAAAAAUGGCUGCGGGCGGCGAAGGAGCAGUGAGCUCUGAUCUCUCUGCUCAGCUCCCUCGCGCGCACAGAAGGGAUGCCGGAGCCGGAAUAUGUUGUCACUCCGGCAUCACUAGGAGGCGCGCAAGGGAGCUGAGCAGAGAGAUCAGAGCUCCCUCGCCGCCCGCCUCCACCGCUCACCUGUCUGUCCCUCGCCGUCCGCCAAGCUGCAGCCAUCCCCACUGGACCACAGGAACUUCAUGCAAGCAGCCCCAAUGGACCCCAGGGACUCCAUGCCAGCACUCCUAAAGGUAAAACAAAAUAAAAAAAUGUAUGUGUGUCUGUUAGGGAGUUUGUAUGUGUUUGUGUGUUUGUCAUUGAGAGUGAAUGUGUGCUUGUCAGUGAGUGUAUGUGUUUGGCAGUGAGAAUGUAUCUGUUCUUGUCAAUGAGAGUGUAUAUGUGUUUGUAUGUGUGUCUGUAAAAGAGUGUGUGUUUGUCAGUGAGAGUGUAUGUGUGCACGUCAAAGAGUGUGUGUGUCUGUCAAAGAGUGUGUGUGUCAGUGUGUGUAUCUGUUUCAAGGUUUGUGUAUGUGUCACUGUGUGCAUCUAAGUGUGUGUGUGUGUGCCAGUAUGUAUCAGUGUGUUUGUAUGUGCCUGUGUGUGUGUAUCUGAGUGUGUCAGUGUGUAUCUGUGGGUGCAGGUGUGUGUAUGUCACUGUGUGUAUCUGAGUGUGUGUGUGUAUUUGUGAGUUAAGGUGUGUGUAUCUGUGUGUCAGUGUGUUUCUGUGUGCCAGUGUGUGUGUAUAUCUGUGUGUCAGAUACAUAUACAGACUGACACAGAGAUACACACACUGGCGCAUACAAACACAGAUAUACAAACCUUGACACACAGAUACAUACAUACAUACACAGAUACACACAGUGUGUUAAGGUGUGUGUAUCUGUGUGCCACUAUCUGCCAGUGUGUGUAUCUGUGUGUCAGAUUCAUACACACUGGCACAUACAAACACAGAUACACACACCUUGAUACACAGACACAUACAAACACAGAUAUACAGACUUUGAAACAGACGCACACACCUUGACACACAGAUAGAUAGAUACAUACAUACAUAAAUACAUACACACACACAGCUACACACUGUGUGUCAAGGUGUGUGUAUCUGUAUCAGUGUGUGUAUCUGUGUGCCACUAUCUGCCAGUGUGUAUCUAUGUGUCAGAUUCAUACACACUGGCACAUACAAAUACACACACCUUGAUACACAGGCACAUACAAAGACAGAUACACAGACUUUGAAACAGAAGCACACACCUUGACACACAGAUAGAUACAUACAUACACACACACAGAUGUGUGUCAAGGUGUGUGUAUCUGUGUCAGUGUGUGAAUCUGUGUGCCACUAUCUGCCAGUGUGUAUCUGUGUGUCAGAUUCAUGCACACUGGCACAUACAAACACAAAUGCACACACCUUGACACACAGAUACACACACCUUGACACACAGAUAGAUACAUACAUACACACACACACACACACACAGUUACACACUGUGUGUCAAGGUGUGUGUAUCUGUCAGUGUGUAUCUGUGUGCCACUAUCUGCUAGUGUGUGUAUCUGUGUGUCAGAUUUAUACACACUGACACAUACAAACACAAAUACACACACCUCGACACACAGAUACACACACCUUGACACACAGAUAGAUACAUACACACACACACAGAGAUACACACUGUGUGUCAAGGUGUAUGUAUCUGUCAGUGUGUGUAUCUGUGUGCCACUAUCUGCCAGUGUGUGUAUCUGUGUGUCAGAUUCAUACACACUGGCACAUCCAAACACAGAUACACACACCUUGACACACUGUGUGUAUUUGACUUUAACUUCGUUCUGACUUACCAUAUUUCUGGUAUCCUUGACUUUUGGCUUUCCCUCAUCGUUGUGUCCCAUUCUGUGCCCCUGACCUCAGCAAGUAUCCUGACUAUUCUUUAGUACAUUAAGUCCAGCCAUUCUAAGGCCCGGUAACACGUUACCUUUUAGUCCUAGGUGUGAUACAAUUGUGUGUGCUGGAUCAAUUAGUAAUCCUGACAAUAGGUCUAUAAUUUGUACUUGAUAUUGUGAACCUUUUUAAAUAUAAGCACUACAUCUGCCCUUCUCUAGUCCUCUGGUACAAUUCCUGAAAGGCAAGAAUUACAGCUGUUUGACUAUUUCCACACUAAACUCCUUAAGUAAAUAUCAGGUGAUUACCAUCUGGUCCUGCAGCUUUGUUUAUAUUAACUUUAUUUAACUUAGUGACUCUGUUUCAGUUUGCUUGCUUUGUGCUUAACCCUUUCCCAACAUUAGGAGACACCUUUAAGCUCAUCUUGUGAAUUUUCCUCACAACAUAAAAUAUAAACAUAUAAAUAAAUAAAAAAUAUGUGUAUGUUUUUGUAUAUAUUUAUAUAUAUAUAUAUAUAUAUAUGUAUAUAUAUAUAUUAAAAAAAUAGCGUGAAGAUAGCACUCCCAGGACUCGAAAAACUUAACUUUUAAUGUCCACAGUUAAGAGAUCGACGUUUCAGUUUGCAACCCAAACUUUCAUCAGGAUAACAAUCUUAUAUACCCAUCUCAUAUAGCCAUUUCACCAAAGUACACUUACCCAAUAAAGGAGAGGGUGCUAACUGUGACCGCCAUUCCCAGAGCCUGCCCGGGUUACUGCUGGACCCCGAUGACGUCAUCAUGACCAGCGUCGUGACGUCACUAUGGGUCAUUUCCAUGGUAACCGGACGCCAUGUCCGUAAUGUCUAUGCCAAUUACAGGGAGCUCAGACUACAAGGCAACAAACGAUCCAGCAAAGGGGCUUAUUAUUUGCUAACAACAAAUCACAGAUUUCUUAAAUCCUGGACAAUAAAGCCCUCAGCUGCGCCAGAAUCUAAUAAUACCAAGGAAUUAACCCUCUUAUUGUCUCAAGUUAAGGCAAUGUGAACUAGAAGUCGAUGCUCCAUAUGAGCAUUAAUAGAGGACACAAAACAAUCACCCAAGACCUGUCCCCCUCGUGGACUUAGGUGUGAGAAUUUUCCGACUUAUUAGGGCAGGGCUGCUCAACAUGUAGAUCCCCAGAUGUUGCAGAACUACAACUCCCAUGAUUCUUUGUCAUUCUAAAUGCAUUCUAAAGGCAUGCAAAGCACCAUGGGAGUUGUAGUUUUACAAUAUCUGGGGAUCUACCUGUUGGGCAGCCCUGUAUUAGGGCAAUUAAGGCCUUCCCUUCUUCUGUAUUGUCUCUCUGCUUCACUUAUUCUUGUCACCCCUAUUUGCAUAGGUUCUGGUAAAGCAAGUGCCAUAGAGUUAGGAUUAUUAAAUACAGGUGCCUUACAAAUAUAAUUUGUUCUAGGUCUAUCUCAAGUAUUCUGUCUGUAUCUCAUUCAUUCGUCUAUACGUGAUAUAUAUGUUAUCAUUUACUCAAGGUUCUCAAGAAUAUCUCUAGUAGCUAUUUUGUCUAAUACAGAAUCAGAGAGACCAUGAAGGAACACAUCAACAAAUGCCUAAUUGUUCAAUUUCUGAUGCUAGAGACCAAAAUUCUAGAGCAUAAUUUAUCACGGUUCUGGUUCCUUGCUUAAGUCUGAGCAGAGACUUGGCUGCAUUGGCCUUCCUACCUGGUGGAUCAAAAGUAUGUCUAAAUGCUUCGAUGAAAGCAAUAUAAUUAUAUACCAGAGGGUUGUUACUCUCCCAUCAGGGAUUAGCCCAUGUCAGAGCUCUAUCUACUAAAAGCGUGAUAAUAAAUCCUACCUUGGUUCUAUCGGUAGGAUAGGAAUGUGGCUGAAACUCAAAGUGAAUGCUUAUUUGGUUUAAAAAACCCUGGCAAGCUUCUGGUGCUCCACCAUAGCGCAGAGGUGAUUUGACAUGGGACAAGGCCCCUACAGUAGCUACCUCAAGUCCCCCAUAUUGAGAAGUAACGGAGGGAGUACUGCUUUCAUCUGCUACAGGGUUAGACCUGUUAAUUAAGGUUCAUAAAGCACUAGCUAUCUGGUCCAUUCGAUGAUUCAUUUCUUGGAAAUGGUUGUUGUAUGGGCCUACCAGAGUAUUUACACCUGCCAGAUCCAUGACUCCCUGUUGUAAUGUCAGGAACAUUCGGGGAUCCUAUGCGCAGAAUACAAAUACUAGUAAUUUAUACCGAACCUUAGGAUGGCUGGACUAACACUAUACACACAAAGAAUAGUCAAUAGCGAGCCGAGAUCAGGGGUACCAGAAAUCAGGAUCAACGAUAAUGCAAUAGCCGAGGUAAGGGACACAGAAGGGGGAACAGUCAAACAAAGCCAAAGUCAGAAUACAAGAAUACCAAUUUGAGAUAUGCGCUCUUGGGUCUAUCAAGAACCACAACAGGGCAAUGAGUCUCUCCUUGGUUUCUCUUUAAAUACAGUAUUCAAUUUGGUAGUUAACCAUGCCCCCCAAAUGUUCAUGUUCGAACAUCUUGGCGGGCCAUGGCGUUCUUAGCGCCAAGAUGUCGGCGCUCAUUAGCCGCGUCAAAAAAAGGAGGUGGGGUUACCGCGUCUGGCGUUAGAAUCACUAGAGACAAUCUGAGAAUUGGUAGGAGAGUCCCCAAUACUCUGUAAUGUGAUGCCAGCCUGUGAUAUGCCCCUGACUGAUACACAAGGUAACCUGACAAUCACGUAGACGAACGACGUUCGGGAGAUAUGAACUACCGACUGUGGGAGCAUUCGCUCCCUAACAGCAAGGGGGAGCGUUCGUCGGUGUUCGCACAGGAACCCCCAAAAGCUGACUGGCCGCAACCCUCAAUUCUCUGAACUAUUUUGAGCCAUUGCCUUGUGGACAGUCGGUCAGAACUUUACCUGAAUGGCGAUUCCAUUCUACUGAAUGAAUCUGAGCGCUGUUUGGACAACUUUGGCGCUCAGAUGCGGGCUAUUUGGAUAUAUAAGACUUGUGUGGUUCCUGUAAAAUAUUACUAUGUUUUUGGGGUGUUUUUUGUAUGUUCAUGUAUUUUCCUGUAACUGAGAGAUAAUUGGGUUACUCAGUUUUUGACUGAAUUAACUCUCAAACAAUGGGAUGCCUGGGAGGGGCUUGUGUACUUUUGAAUGCAUAAAAGGCUGUUUUGGAGCUGAAUGUGUGUCAUCCAGUUACUGGGAAGGGAUAGAGCUAUUCACAUUUCAGCGCCUUGUUCCUGAGUUCCUGUCGUCAUCGAUCCAGCGGAGAAAAGGUCCUCAUCAGGACUAGGGCUCCGCUACAAUGUGGAGAAGAGCUUUAAAAAUUGCUCUUAGUUGCCAAGCAGGGUAUUAGCUUCCUAAUCCGUUGGGGUGUGAUAAAGUCCACCCAUGCAGGGGAUAUCAGCCAGAGUGUCUAGGGAUGAAUCCAAGGGGGCGGGCCUGCCACAAAAGUUGGUAAGUCCUCCCGAAUUACAUGUGAAUGCAUGUUAGUCCAGCCCACUGAGGGCAGACCCUACAAGGAGCAGUGUUUCAGUGCUCCCUGCAGUGUCCUAGUGCGCUGAAUAUAGCGCAAUCACAUUGAAUGAUGUACUUGCGCUAUGCAUGUUGGGGACAGUUUCUGGUAUCCCCAAAAUCAGGACACCAGGGAACUAAGUCGCAACUGUGGGCUAGGACUCAAAAAUCUGGACUGUCCCACCAAAAUCAGGACAGUUGGAAGGCCUGUAUAAGAGACCUGACCAUUUCAGUUUUUUACAGUCAGAACAGCUUGAUGGAUUUGAUGUCUCAUUUUGAGGCAUUAUAGCAGUGUGACAGUAAAAAUUACCUCAUAAAUGCCGACCAUUUGCAAAAGUAGAGAACAUGGUAUAUUUUUAGCCUUAUUGUACAGCUGUUGUUGCACUACUUUUUAUCAAAUUUUACGGCAUCAUUUUAAUUUCACAUUUUUUAAUUACCAGCACAUUGAAAUUUAGCAUUUUAUUUUGUAAACUUGACAUGUUACUGUUAUAUAAAUCACUAAUUAUGAUUCCCUUCGCAUAUCCUUGUCAAGCUUUUGUGAAAAUACAAGGCUAACAUAAAAUAACCUGCCGACUUUUUAGUUUUCAAACAAUUGCUCUAUAAAUGCGUACCCUUUUUUCACCAUUUUUUUUGUUGUAUAAAUUUUUUUGGAAAACAUUUUUUAUGUACACAUAUUUUUGCUGUUUGUUUUUAAAAUUACAUGUAUGUGACUAUAAUAAUAAAUUCUCUACUCAGUGUUCAGCAACAUCUCCUUAGUACAACAAUACAUUUUAUUUAUACCUUUGUAAAGUAUCAAUUUACUAAUCUCUGAGCCCUCUGCACUUUACAAGUGCAGCGUGAGAUGGAUUAUUUUCCCUCUCACAUGCUAAAUCAUUUUGUGACAAACAGUCAUUUAAAUCCCCCUGCAAACGCGAUCCCUCUCUGCAGGUAGUAAUAGAGCUGCAUGGGCUUGCUGUGAGACACGAUCAGGUUCUCUUCAGAACCCGGGUGUCUGCCAAAUCCCCAGAGAAGUCAGAAAUUAUGUCACCAGGCCUGUGGCUGAACUCCAGUUACAGAAAUAUAAAAGGCUGUAUGCAGUGCUCACUUUAGGCUACAUACAAUUCAUCAGUCAGUCUGUGGCCACUAAAUAUGGCUUCAGCUGACAGAGGGAAGCCCCCGUUAUCAUUUGGUUAAAUUCCUGCACACACCAAGUUCCAGCCACUUGGAUUUAAAGUAGCUGAUGUGCUUUAUAGGUGAGAAGUAUCUAAUUAAAAAAGGCACUUUUCAAAAAUGAUUAUUUCUAUAAGAAAUCUGCGCUUUAUUUAUUAAAAAUUAGAACACUUCUUUGUCUUCAAUCAUUCAGCAAGGGAGGUUUACAUUCUGCUUCUGUUUUCUCCCUAAAAUUUUCUUCAGGGGAAAAAGGGGAGUGCUUGCAAAGGCUGCAGUUCUUAUGAAAUGCAGUCUUUGCAAGCUCUCUUAAGAUAUACCCUCAAUGAAUACAUGCAUUAAAAUGCAUACAUGUAUGCAUUGGGUGUAUAGCUAAUAAAAAUUUAGUCUCCCAAGCAACAGAGGACAGCCACUAGAGGUGUGUUUAGACCUGCAGUAUAAACAUUUAAGUCUCUCAAUAAUCUCAGACAGGGAGGUGAGAUGGCAGCGCGGAGUCUGGAGCUGCGAGGGAGAAAAGGUAAGUAAACUAGCUUUUUUACUCCUUACAGGUGGGGGCCAGUGACCCAAACAUCUACCAAAGCUCUAUAACAUUAGGAAUACACAUCUGUAUUCCUAACGCUAUAGUCUUCCUUUAAAUAAAUUAGUUUAAUUGUGCAUUAUAGGAUAAAACAUUGUUAGCAAAUAUUGCCACUAUUAAGCUAGAGCUCUGGAUCCGUCCCUGGUCACUAAAUGGUACACAGUUGAGACUAGUUAUAUACUGGGUCUUCAGGAAGGAAAAGUUCUGCUUUUAGUAGUGGUCAUGGUCGUAGGAAACUGUAUGUGCAACAUUUCUUCAUUUCUUGUGUGCUCGGGGCUAGUUACACCCCAGCACAUUUGAUUUUGACAGCCCAGAACUCCGGUUCCGGACUGCCAAAUGUCAAUUCUGUGUAAAAUAUGUGUCAGUCCCCAGCCCGCACAGCAUGCUGGCAACAGACAUAUUGAGAAUCCCCAAGUAGGCAUGUGCCCUCCCUUCUUUUCUGCAGUCCUCCCUUUUCCCAGUCAACUCAAUUUUUUUUUUACAUUUCCCACUCUCUCUCUCCCUCCCCAGUCCCUCUCUCCCCUCCCUUUCCUUUGGUAAAUGGUCCAAUGAAAGGCUUCUCUAUAAGAAGACUUUGACUGGACCUGGCGCGGUUGCCGUAGCAUCAUGAGGGGGCAUGGAAAGCAGCGUCAGGAGCUUUACCCAGCGCUGAAUUCCAUGUAAGUAAAAAGUAUAAUUUUUUUUAUAGUUCUAUAGUUAUGGGGGGACCUAAAGAAUAAUGCCCAACAGGGCAAAGGGUUUGAAUAACCCUCUAUAAAAAGGCCCCAUCUUUCAGAUAUACAGGACAGAGAAUGAAAGACUGAUAGUCAAAUGAUGAAGGAACCUUCUUAUAGAGUUUUGUUCUUUUUCCUGUCAUAUCACCAGUUAGUGGGUAGAGCUAAUUUAAUCAUAUAUGCUGCCGUAGUUAGCCAUGAGUAAGUGUUCCAUAUUAUGUUAACAUUUGUAAAAUUCUUUUUAGAGGCCCAUAUAUAUUCAACAUAGUUGGUUAAGCUAGUGUUUUUAUAUAGAUCUUUGAUUUUAUUUUUUAUUUAUAUUCAGCUUUGACUCUCUGUCUCCCCUCAGGGUGCCCAGACUCACGGAAUGCGAAAUGUUGGUAUGUUCUGAAAGCUCUUUUGUGAUUUAUGAUCACCUUUUUUUAGUACAUAUUAAAGCAAGGCAAGGACAUUUCACAGUACUUGCUCAGUUCUGAAUUUAAUGCAGUAAUUAUUUGUUUAAAUAUAUAGAAACUUGGUUUCUAGCAUGUAAGCUUGAGUUAAAAAGGCAGCGGAAACACCCAAACCAGAGUCUCUCAAUUCUGGUACAAUAGAAAGUACAUACAAUAAGUAGAGGGUGUAGGGCCUUGAUGAAUUUCUUAUGCUAGGUGUAGUCUCAGAGGUAGUGGAAUAUGUAAAAACAGAAGAAUACAGAAGAAUAUAGUGUAGUACAUCUUACAUAAAGUAAGAACAUAACAAAUCAAAUUGCACUUACAGUUUGCAGAGCAAAGGUAGCUCUGUCUAAAUAUACUGUGCUUGUGCAGAGGAGCUCCACCUAGACUCAUGAUGGUGUUCACCCCACCUUGGGGUCUCACAGGUUUGUUGGUAGGUUGGUAAUUAAUAUAUAAAAACAAGAAUAAAAAAAGUAUAUAGUGCUCACUGUUGUACAUAAAAUAAUAAAAUUAGGAGAGGUAUUUACAAAUAGAGAGCAAAAAUUAUGUUUUGCUCAAUCCACAUCACGCAGGUAGAAUUUUCCUCAGUAAAGGAAUAUGUGGUCCCAAGCUCCAUGGAAGGUCAAUGUGAAGUCUACAGAGGUUAGCAAAUAGCUGCUUUAUUUAAUACACUAGUAUAUAAACUAAUAAAAGCAAUACAAAGUAGUAAAAAUAACACUUUACGUGUUUCGCCACAGCAAAGAGGCUUUUUCAGAAGUCACUUUUAUUGAUUUUAUUAUUUAUUUAUUUUUUUUUAAUUCUUUAUUUUUGUCGUGCAAGAAUUUACAACAGUGUCUGUGUAGCCACAACAGCUGUAACAGACGCAGUCAAAUAUAACAUAGUAAAACAUUUUCGUGGCAUAAGUUAACUCAGCACGUUUUUGUAAUUUAAUGAACAGGAAAGACAACCUUAAGCAGUGUACGGUUCAACACAGGUAUGGGCAAAAGCGUUUAAGUAGCUGGGUCACAUGUUGGUUUACGCCUUUAUGUGAGGUAUACAGUAUUGUAUUCCAGCAGUGUUUGUGGGUGUUGUGGUAUAUGUGUCGCUUGGGGCCUAUCUGCUAAGCAGCAGCUUGAUUACUUUAGCUGGUUUAGUGCUGCAAAAUGUUUAGUAUUGGCCUAAGUCAGGGCUGAUCCUGUGUGAGUAAUUAAGCAUUAAUCAGGAGCAAUCGUUAGCUGAGGUAUAGUGUAGGACAGAAACAUAGCCGAUCUUAUGGUGCUCCAGCAAUAUUUGUGAGUCCAGGAGCAUAUAUUUCGCUUGGGCCCACCAGUUAAACAGCAGUUUACAGACAUGGCGCAAAGCCAAGCGUACUAGAAGAAGUACAUUAGUUGCUUAAAUUCGGACUAAUCUUAGCUUGUGUACUCAUAUUAUACAAUUGCUGAACUCUGACUUUAGUCCCCCCCGUGCUCCCCUGGGUGAGCAGUCCAGAAAACAAAAUAGAAAGCAAAAGAAGUAAAUUAUAUGUUCCAGUAUACAUUCGUGAGAGUUCAAUUGGGGCACAGAGAGCUGUGUGACAGAUGGUAUUAUGCCCAGAUUUGAGUCUUAGUCCCUUUGGGGGUCAGCCGAUGCCUUGUUGGGGCUGUGUAUGUACCUUCUGCGGUAAUCGGUGCAGCUGGUGCGCUCUCCUCGGUGUGAAGGAGCUGAUGUCCCCUAGGCUAUGCAGUGUUGCUGUGGGCGCUGAGUGUAGCUCCAGCCAAGCUGUGCGUCGGGGAAGGUUUGCCUGUCUUGGGCUGGGGUAGCUCUGUAUGUACCUUCCUGACGCGGUCACCUCCCCUGGUCCUGCUCCCCUCUGCUUCACUUGCCGUAUCUGGGGAGGUCUUGUGCUCAGUUUCGCCUGUCCCCUCCGUUUCACUGCCUUGCAUGGGGGGUGCGAGUACUUGCCCCUCUGCCGCCGUCCAGCUUUCGUUUUUUUGGGCCUUGUGACUGGCCUCUGCCCCUGCUGGUUCGGGUUAGCGUCACCCUUGUGAUACAGCUGUUGUUGGGGCUGCGCUGCUGUUUGUCCCCGUCUGGCCUCCUGUGAGGUGCGCUGUGGCGAGGUCUCGAGUGGGGCUCUCAUGCGGGCUUCCAGGGACUCCCAGAAAAUAGCGAAGAUGCUGUUCAGCUGCAUCUCCGUUUCCCGCCAUGCGUCGGAGGUUUCCGCCAUAUUGAACACCGCUGGGUCUGUUAGUUUUGGGCUCCACGGAGCCGAUUCUGGCCCAUUGCUUUGCCAGUGAGUCAGUUGGGGGUAGACCGGGAUAACCCCCACCGGUCCAGAGGGGGGGGAACGAGGGCUUGCAGCCAGAUUCCGGGCAUGGCAUUGCAGCUGGGGAGCGGCCGUCUCCCCUGCGCCCGCCAUGCUUGUAGGCCUCAUUGUGAGUUGUGCUCGGUUCGUCGCUGGAGAGGUAUCGUUUUCUUCCCCUCGGUGUCUACUCUCGAGUGGUAGCUUUAAAUUCACAAUUAAAUGCCUGUGUAACGGUGAAAUUUAGCAUUAAGUGCCGAGUUUAGCAGGAGCUGCUGUGGUGAGCUUCCUCACAGCUCUACAGCCAGGCCCCGCCCCCCGAUUUUAUUAUUUUAUGCACUAGUGUAAGUGCAAUUCUAGUUGUUAUGUUCUUACUUUACGUAAGAUAUACUAUACUAUAUUUUGCUGUAUCCUGUCUGCGGCUUUUGACACUGUUGAUCAUCAACAGCUUCUUCUCAUCCUCCGCAAUAUCGGUCUACAAGAUAUUGCUCUCUCCUGGUGCUCCUCCUACCUCUCCCAGCGCUCAUUCAGUGUUUCUUUCUCUGGCUCUGCUUCUUCUCCCCAACUCCUCUCUGUUGGUGUCCCCCCAGGUUCAGUCCUUGGUCCCCUACUGUUCUCCAUCUAUACUGCCUCCCUUGGUAAACUCAUUGGCUCCUUUGGCUUCCAAUAUCAUUUCUAUGCAGAUGACACGCAAAUCUACCUGUCCUCUCCUGAUCUCUCCCCGUCCCUCUUGACUAGUGUAUCUGACUGCCUCUCUGCUAUUUCUAACUGGAUGGCUGUCCACUUCCUUAAACUAAACUUGACCAAAACUGAAAUUCUGGUCUUUCCUCCCUCAAGUGUUGUUACUCCUGUGUCUGUCUCCCUCCAAGUCAACGGUGCUACCAUCUGCUCCACCACGCAGGCUCGCUGCCUAGGUAUUCUCUUUGACUCCGACCUCUCCUUCAAGCCUCAUGUUCAAUCUAUCGCCAAAUCCUGUCAUUUCCAUCUCAAAAACAUUGCGUGCAUCCGCCCCUACUUAAUGCCAGAUGCGACUAAGGUGUUGGUCCAUUCCACUGUCCUUUCUCGCCUUGACUACUGUAAUCAGCUUCUCAGUGGUCUUACGUGCUCCCAACUUGCGCCGUUACAGUCCAUAAUGAAUGCGGCGGUGAGGCUCAUCUUCCUGUCCGCCCGCACCUCCCAUGCCUCACCCUUAUGUCAGUCCCUACAUUGGCUUCCUAUAAAAUAUAGAGCUCAAUUUAAAAUUCUGGUUCUUGCUUUCAAAUCUCUACAUAAUGCUGCUCCCACCUAUCUAUCCUCCCAUAUACACAAGUAUGUCCCGUCUAGGCCCUUACGAUCUGCUGAAGACUCACGUCUAUCUUCUGUCCUUACUCCCACCUCUGAUGCUCGCCUUCAAGAUUUCUCGAGGGCUGCACCGUUCCUGUGGAACUCGCUUCCCUCCUCCGUUAGAUGCUCACCCAGUCUCCACUCCUUCAAAAUCGUUAAAAACCCACUUCUUCAUAAAAGCGUAUCAAUUAAACUGUUAAUAGCUCCUGACUGAUUCCUCUUCUGCAACUGUCACUAGUCUAAUACUAUCCUUACCUUUUUGUGUCAUUUUACCCCACUCCCUCUAGCAUGUAAGCUCAUUGAGCAGGGCCCUAAACCCCUCCGUUCCUGUGUGUCCAACUUGUCUGGUUACAACUACAUGUCUGUUCGUCCAGCCAUUGUAAAGCGCUGUGGAAUUUGAUGGCGCUAUAUAAAUAUCAUAAUAAUAAUAAUAAUAAUAUUUUUCUGUUUUUACAUAUCCCACUACUUCUGAGACUACAACUAUCUCAGGAAAUUCAUCAAGGCGCUACACCCUCUACUUAUUUUAAGCAAUCAAUUGUUUGAUUUGUGGUUACAAUACAUGAACUUUCCUUAAUGAGUUAAAGACCUAAGCUAAGCCUAGACUGAGACUUGAAUAUUGGCAUAUUAAUUUAACAUUUAAUCUCUCUGGUAGAAUAAGUUAUUUCUAUAUUUUUAACAUCUCCCCUGGAUGGAAAGGGUCAGUCUUGCAUCUUCUCUUACAGCCCAGAGGCCUGCCAAAUCGUUAACAUCAGGUAAAUAUGCUCAACCCCAUUCUGCUGCAGACCGUAGGAUGUCUCUCCCUAGUUCUGCUCUUCGCACACUACCAGAACAUGCCAGCGAUCGACACAGAGGGUUAGAUGGUAAACAUAAACAAUAUAAACAUUUUGUGUUUUUAAUGCCUAUUGCUCAAUACCUUCUGUGUGACCUUCAUUUCAGGAGGACAAGGUUUCAUCAUUCCAUAUCUGAAGAAAUAUAGAGAAUAGCCAAUGAAUCCUCCCUCCGCUGUUAAAUAGUACAUAACUAGUGAAUCUGAGAGUGAAUUGCAUAUAUUUUACUCCAGUGCUCCUUGAUCCAAACUAUGGCAGUCCAGGUUUUACCAGGAAAUCUGGAACAAAUCUGGGUAAUUGCUAUAUUCUGGAUAUCUUCUGGUCCUUGGAACCUGGUUUGACAAAUACUGCUCUCUUUUCCAUACCAGCGGUUGCAACACAUAACCUGUACAGCACAGCAGACAUCAUAACCCAAGAAAUAUUGUGCUGCAGAUGCCAAUAAAUAUGCAAAACAACAGCACACUCUUCUGCUUUCAACCAGAAAAUCCACUGAAACAGCCACCAGUUAACAGUCAUGUUGUGGAUGUGUGUGCAGGUGACAGGUUUUUUUCAUUUAUGAGUGUAGGCUACUUGUGGUGUUGCAUAUUUCUGGGAAUGCUGAUUGUGGGAUUGUGUGUAUUCAUGGGCCUUUUUGCGGUGUAACAUUUGUGUGCAUGUACAUGAGAGCUGUAGGUGGAUAGGGGCUGUUUUAUGUGUGUUUUGGGGGGAUAGGGACUUGUAACGAGAAUAUACCCCAACACGCAGGAUUCAGCUAAACAAAAGACAACACAGAGGAGAGAUACGUCUACCGGACCUUAGAAUGGCCGGACUCGACGUAUAUGAGAGGAGACAGAGUCAGGAACAAUCCGAAAUCAAGGGCACAGAGAGACAGCGUAAACUAGGACAAGCCGGGGUCUGGUACACAGUAAACAACAAGCCGACAACCAGAACAGAUAAGGAUAAAGAGAAAACGUAGUCAGAAACAAAGCCAAGGUCAAUACGGAGAAACACAACUGAACACAACAAGCGCUAAAGGGAACUGAUACAGAAACCACGAUAGGGCAAGGAACAAAGGGAAGAAGGUGAGUAUAAAUACCUAAACAUCUAAUUUGAUUGGUCCCUGUCACAUCCACGCCCCCAAAAGGUAAGUGUAUGGGGAGUGUGGCAUGACAGGGACCAAUGGGAUGCCUUUUCCAAUUUAGGCACCCACUGUCCCUUUAAGAGCGCGCCCGAUACCCGCGGCGCGCUCUUAGAGUAGGUGGAACACGUGACCGCUACUAGUCACAGCGGUCGGCUGAGCCGCGCGCGGCUCGUGCAGCAGCAGGACCGCGCGCGGCUCGAACAGAGGACCCCGGCCGGCCCCUGGAAAGGGUAAGUACCGCUACAUUACCCCCCCCUGAGGACACGCCCUCCGGGCGGGGAGGGCCAGGCCUGGCAGGAAAACAAGAAUGGAAAGAGCGCACAAGACGAGGAGCGUGAACCGCGUCAGCGGAAAUCCAACUAUGCUCCUCAGGCCCAUAGCCCUUCCAAUGCACUAGGUACUGAAGUCGGCCCCUAAGGAAACGAGAGUCAAGAACUGCAGAAACUUCAAAUUCCUCAUGACCCUCCACAGAAACAGGAGGGGGAGGAGGUGCAUGUCGGGUGUAGCGGUUGCGUACGAAAGGCUUCAACAACGAGGUGUGAAAGACAUUAGGAAUACGCAGAUUCUUAGGGAGACCCAAGGCAUACGAAACAGGAUUAACCUUAUGCAGAAUACGAUAAGGACCAAUAAAGCGGGGAGCCAAUUUCAUAGAAGGCACCCGGAGGCGAAUGUUUCGCGUAGAAAGCAGAACCCUGUCCCCCACAACAUAAGAAGGAGCCGCCCUGCGAUGCUUGUCAGCCUGCACCUUCUGGCGAGCAGCGGAAUCCACCAAAGAACGCUGAACCUGCUCCCAAGUAUUACGCAAAUUAGCCAAAUGUUCAUCCAGAACUGGCAUGCCCUGUGAGGAGAAAGCAGCCGGAAGAACAACAGGAUGUUGGCCAUAUACAACGUAAAAAGGACUCUUGCCGGAAGAAUCAUGAGUAGCGUUAUUCCGAGCAAACUCAGCCCAAGGAAGAAGGUCAGACCAAUUGUUCUGAUGGUGGGAUACGAAACAACGAAGGUACUGCUCCAGAGAUUGAUUGGCACGUUCGGCAGCUCCAUUAGACUGGGGGUGGUAAGCGGAAGAAAAUGAGAGAGAAAUGCCCAUUUCCGAACAAAAGGCUUUCCAGAACCUGGAAAUAAAUUGGCUACCCCUAUCAGAUACAAUAGAUACGGGAAUGCCGUGUAAUCGAAACACCUCUCUGGCGAAAACAAGUGCUAGUUCCCUGGACGUGGGCAGCUUGUGAAGAGACACAAAGUGAGCCAUCUUGGAAAACCGAUCCACUAUCAUUAGGAUAACUGUGUUACCAUUCGAGGGAGGUAAUUCAACAAUAAAAUCCAUGGACAGGUUAGACCAAGGUCUCUCGGGAAUAGGUAACGGAUGCAACAGCCCACAAGGAACCCUACGAGAAGAUUUCAUACAGGCACAAGUAGUACAAGCACCUAUAUAGUCAGUGACAUCCUUGCGUAAGGAAUCCCACCAAAAAUACCGAGAAACCGCUGACACCGUUUUGGAAAUACCAGGAUGUCCAGCAGUCUUAGUGUCAUGAUACAACGACAGAAUCUCCCGUCUCUCGGGAACAUCAACGAACAGUUUAUCAGUAGGUCUCUCGCUAGGUGCCAUGUUUUGUUUCGCUUGUAUGGCCUGCAAGAGGGACGAAGAAAUAGACAAAACAGUGGUAGCGAUUAUCUUUCUGGGGGAAUCACAGGAGUAACAUCAAUCUCCUGUUUGUCAGCAGUUUCGAACUGUCUGGACAGAGCGUCUGCUUUAGUGUUGCGGUCACCUGGCCUAUAGGUGAUAAUGUAAUUGAAAUGGGACAAAAAUAGUGACCACCUAGCCUGCCGAGAAGACAAUCUUUUAGCCUCACUAAGGUAGGAUAGGUUCUUGUGAUCCGUAAAUAUGAGAAUAGGAUCUUUAGUUCCUUCUAACAAAUGUCUCCAUUCUUUCAGUGCUAAAAUAAUAGCAAGGAGUUCGCGAUUACCCACAUCAUAAUUCUUUUCUGCUUUGGACAUUUGUUUGGAGAAGAAGCCACAAGGAUGCAAUGGCUUUUCAGGCGACUCUCUUUGGGAUAAGACAGCACCUACCCCGAUAUCAGAAGCAUCAACUUCAAGAAUAUAGGGCAGUGUGGGGAUAGGGUGCUGUAAAAUAGGUGCAGAAGCGAAUGUAGUUUUAAGAAACUCAAAAGCCUGAAGUGCCUCGGGAGACCAGACACGAGUAUUGCCUUCCUUUCUUGUCAUACGGGUGAUAGGCGCUACAAUAGAGGAAAAACCUUUAAUAAAGCGUCUAUAAUAAUUAGAGAAACCAAGAAAACGCUGAAUGGCUUUCAAACCUUGUGGAAGAGGCCAUUCCAUGACAGCAGAAAGCUUCUGGGGAUCCAUACGAAAACCUUUAGCGGAAAUUAAAUACCCCAAAAACUGGACUUCGGAUUGGUCAAAUAGACAUUUUUCCAGUUUACAAUAAAGACCAUUAGCAAGAAGGGUCUUCAGAACUGUCGUAACAUGCCUGUGAUGAGUGUGUAAAUCUGUAGAGUAUAUUAAUAUGUCGUCUAAGUACACAAUUACAAAUGUGUGAAUAAAGUCUCUUAAAACGUCAUUGAUAAAUUCUUGAAAUACUGCUGGGGCAUUGCAUAGACCAAAUGGCAUAACAGUAUACUCGUAAUGGCCAGAUCUAGUGUUGAAUGCCGUUUUCCAUUCGUGGUCUUUCUUAAUACGUAUUAAAUUGUAUGCACCUCUAAGAUCCAAUUUAGUGAAUACAGUAGCAUGUUUGAGUCUGUCAAAUAAUUCCGUGAUUAAAGGUAUAGGAUAUGCAUUUUGAUGGUGAUUUUAUUUAGACCUCUAUAAUCGAUACACGGUCUUAAAUCACCUUCUUUCUUUGAUACAAAGAAGAACCCCGCUCCAGCCGGAGAAGAGGAUCUCCUAAUAAACCCCUUUUCUAAUGAUUCCUUAAUAUACUCCUCCAUGACACGGUUUUCUUGAACAGAUAAAGGGUACACCCUGCCCUUUGGAGGUAUUGUGCCAGGCAAUAAAUCGAUAGCACAAUCGUAGGGUCUGUGAGGUGGUAAUUUGUCAGCCUCCCUUUUAUCGAAGACAGUUUUGAGAAAUAAGUACUGAGGGGGUAUAACAGUGGACAAAGGAGGAGUUGUAGGAACAUUAAUAGAAUUCAAAGGGGUGACUUCAAUAGUACAGGACUCAUGGCAGGCAUCGCUCCAUGAUUUUAUUUGCCCUGACUCCCAAUCGAAAAUGGGAUUGUGAGUACGUAACCAUGGGUACCCUAACACAAUGUGAGAAGAGGGAGAUGUGAUGACCUGGAAUCGAAUGGUUUCAAAGUGUAAAACCCCUGUAUACAUGUGUAAUGGUACAGUUUCAUGAGUAACAAUUGGAGAACUUAAUGGUCUACCAUCUAUGGCCUCAAUGGCCAAGGGUAUCUCCCUUUCUCUGACGGGAAUGUUAUUUUUCGUAACAAACUCAGAGUCAAUAAAGUUCUCAGCAGCCCCAGAAUCAACCAAGGCUAAUAUGCAUUCUGCUAUACAACUCACCCCCGUAUGAAGGGAAACAGGGAGAAGCAAACGAUUAGGAGGCAAUUUAGGAGACUUAGAGAUCACACCCAAGGCCAGUCCCCUAUAAGGUCUUAGAUGCGAGAGUUUUCCGGACGCAAAGGACAUUCCCUUACCAUAUGGUCUCGCCUACCACAGUAUAGGCAGAGUCCAUUCCUUCUUCUAAGUAGUUUUUCAGUAUCCGAGAGUUUGGCAACCCCUAAUUGCAUGGGUUCCUCCUCGGGUACUUUAACACUCUCAGGUUUAUCAACUCUGGGGUUAAUAGAUGUGACCAGACAUCUAUUCUUGUUUUUGGUAUAGAGCCUGUCGCGAAUUCUAUUAUCUAUAUCAAUGAGGUAGUCAAUAAGAUCCUCUAAUGGAAUAGGAAGCUCCCUUGCCGCUACCUCAUCUAAUAUAGUGUCAGAUAAACCUUCCAUGAACGCAGUAGUUAACCCAUUAUUGGUCCAAUCUACCUGUGAAGCAAGGGUACGAAACUGAAUAGCAUAAUCCGCCACAGACCUAGACCCCUGUUUAAUCCUCAUUAAUGCUCUUGCGGCAUUCUUUGACCUCUUUGUUGUGUCAAAAGUUCUACGAAAAGCCGCAAGAAAACUAUUGAAAUCAUGAACCAUAGGUCCAUUGGCCUCCCAAAUAGGAUUUGCCCACUCUAGUGCUUUGUCAGUAAGUUGAUGCAUCAAAAACCCCACUUUAGACCUAUCAGUGGGAAAGGAAUGAGGAUACAUCUCAAGGUGGAAUUCUAUUUGAUUAAUAAAACCUCUGCAUGUCUUGGCUUCCCCUCCAUACCUAGGAGGAGGUGUUAAAUGGGGCAAAGCAUUGGUUGAAUUGGAUACUUCGGGAGGAUGAGGUGUAGGAGGGUUAGGUGCGGUUGCAGGAAUGGUUCUAGACAAGAGCGUCUGGAGAGCCUGUGCUAUCUGAUCCAUACGGUGAUCCUGCUCUACAAACCUUGCCUCGUGAGAAGCCAUUUGCUGAGCCAAAUCUGCGGGGUCCAUGGCCCUAUCGUAAUGUAACGAGAAUAUACCCCAACACGCAGGAUUCAGCUAAACAAAAGACAACACAGAGGAGAGAUACGUCUACCGGACCUUAGAAUGGCCGGACUCGACGUAUAUGAGAGGAGACAGAGUCAGGAACAAUCCGAAAUCAAGGGCACAGAGAGACAGCGUAAACUAGGACAAGCCGGGGUCUGGUACACAGUAAACAACAAGCCGACAACCAGAACAGAUAAGGAUAAAGAGAAAACGUAGUCAGAAACAAAGCCAAGGUCAAUACGGAGAAACACAACUGAACACAAUAAGCGCUAAAGGGAACUGAUACAGAAACCACGAUAGGGCAAGGAACAAAGGGAAGAAGGUGAGUAUAAAUACCUAAACAUCUAAUUUGAUUGGUCCCUGUCACAUCCACGCCCCCAAAAGGUAAGUGUAUGGGGAGUGUGGCAUGACAGGGACCAAUGGGAUGCCUUUUCCAAUUUAGGCACCCACUGUCCCUUUAAGAGCGCGCCCGAUACCCGCGGCGCGCUCUUAGAGUAGGUGGAACACGUGACCGCUACUAGUCACAGCGGUCGGCUGAGCCGCGCGCGGCUCGUGCAGCAGCAGGACCGCGCGCGGCUCGAACAGAGGACCCCGGCCGGCCCCUGGAAAGGGUAAGUACCGCUACAGGACUUUAGUGAGUGUUUGGGGGGAUACUGACUGUAGUAUGUGUUUCAAGUACAAGACUAUAGCGUUUUAAUGGGGGAAAUUGUGGCUGUAGUUUGUGUUUCAAAAGGAUGUUGGGGCUGUAAUGUGUGUUUCUGACUGAUGUUGCGUGUGUUAUUGAAUUAUGGUUCUGUUAAUAUGUGAGCGUUAAAGAAACACAAUCUUGUUUAGCUAACUUCACACACGUUUGUACAUUUUCACGGCUGAUUUAGACAAACUUAUCUUGUUUUUUUUUUUCUCUCUCUCCUUAUUUUUCAGACAUGUAUGUGACCUUUGGGAGUAGUCAGGUAAUAAUAAUAAUAUAAUUUAUUUGGGUUUUAAUAAUGUACAAUAAAAAUCCAAUAUCAGGGCAUGAUAUUAGAGUUUGGUUACAUUUGUAACAUGUUCAUUGUAAGAGAAACAAUAAACUACUGAAAUGGUUGUAUGAAAUUCUUUUUUUUUUAUGUCAUGAAAUGGAUCAAUUAUAUAAUGCAAUACAGUUUCAGCAGAUAUUUGAUUUUCUAUGGUCUUGAGAAUCAUGACAAGUGAUUUAUUUGAGUUUACUGGAAAAUCCAAAUAGUCAUUUGACUUCCACUGAAGCACAACCUGCGAGUUCAAAAACAAUUUGACAAUCAAUAAAUUGGUAUAUAGUGUCACAUGUUAAAAAAAAUGGACUGAUCCUCAAUCCCUGCUGACAAUUAGGCUGUCUCAUUCCGGCCACAAAAAUGCAUUGGGGUUUUUACAUGAUCAUUUCUCUUAUUUGAACAUCUGCUAUUGUUAUAUCCUCCUUGGACCCAGUGGUCUUUAUAUAUCUUAAAAUUUAACUAUAGUCCAAUAUUUCAUGUUUCUUUUUUUCACUCUUCUUUAUCUACAUGUAGGUAAAGCAGAGUGAAAGAAUGAAACAUGAAAUAUAUGUUUCAGAUGUCUUUCUACUUAAUUACAAAAAGUGCAGUUACCCUAACAUUUUCAGAUACUUACUACUGUUAUUUAUGUCAUUUGAGAAGUGCCUACGUAACCUUGCUUUAUUAUUCGAUGCACUACAAAAAUAAAGAAUACAUUAAAAAAAAUGUAUAGCAUUUAGAAACAAAUGGACCAAGACUUUGCACUGGAAUACACGGUAACAGGCUGGCAUCUAUGUAAUUCUUUCCCCUGCUUACAAAUAACUAGCACACAAAUAGAUGCAUAAUCAAAAAGAAAUUUGGGAUGAUAGGGCUCUAGUAAAUUUAGAUUAUACAUUAUAUUGGUCUAUAUUUUAGCACAUCAAAUUUUGUUAGGAUAUGCUAUUGCAUUUCAUUAAAAGUCUUAAAUUAUAUUUUCACCAAAUAACUCAUUUUAUAAACGAAUUAUCUUUGUUGAAUUCAGUGCUUCCUAAAUUAAUAUUAGUAGUAAUAUUUACACAGCGCUUCCAUAUUCUGCGGCACUUUACAUUAGAAGGGGUGAAAAGGGUCCUACUCAAUGCACACCAUCUAAUUUAUGAAUUGUCUAAUGGUGGCAAUUAUUGCUAAAUAUAUUGGAAAUUGCUUUUUGAGUCUGUUUAAGAGAAAUUAAUUGCUGGUAAAUUAGCACUCAAACAUUAGAUAAAAUAUUAAUUAUAGAAAGACUGCAGAGAAUUAAACAUUUUAUUUUAUAUUUUAGCUAGCACUGAAUUUACUGUGUUAUAAAUGUGUAGAAAAAUUAUUGUGUUGGGCAUUAUUACAGCGGCUCUGUCACCAGAUCAUAAAUAUAAUAUAUGAUCUUUAUGAAAUACUCACAUGUUUUGACUGUCUUUGAAUUUACUUGAUCCUCCAUAUUCCAAAAUUUGCAAUCCACAAGAAGUCUGCAGUGGGUUUGGAAUUCAGUCCACCUUUUGCAGAUUGCAUGACUUGGUCUAUGGAGGAUUUAUGUGUUCUUACAUAGAUAUACUAAAAAAACAAUAAAUCUAAAGUUAUAAAAAAAAAAAAAUUUUUUAAUGCUAACCUGACAUAAUUUUGUAUAUAUUUUUCGGGAUGCUAUACCCAGGGCCGUUGGCACCUGGGGCCGGGGAGACAUUUGGGUGACCUGGGGCCGGGGAGACAUUUGGGUGACCUGCGGCCGCAGGGAGAACUUGGAUGGCGGCCGCAGGGGGCGCAGGCUGUUCUGUCUCUGCUCCCCCCCGCGAGCUACUUAAUUAGACCGGGGCCGGAAUAUGACGUCAUAUUCCGUCCCCGGUCUCAUUAAGCAGCGCGCUCCCCCUGCGGCCGCUGUUCUAUCAAAUUCCCCUACCUCGUGAAAAAAACUUCCAGUGAGGAGAAUCAGCUGGAUCCUGUGCUGCACAUCUGUGCUAGCACUCCUGCUACUCCUCCACAGCAAGGUCCUGGAAGGUAAGUAAAACUAGUUUUACACUUUCAUUAUAGUUAGUGCAUUCACUAAGCUUAGGCACACGGGACAUUUAGGGUUAAGUGAGGGUUCAAAUUAGGGUUAGUAAGUGAUUUUAACCUCUCUCACACUCUAUUCUUACCCUAACCCUUGGGUUAAGGGUUAAAAGAAAGUGUGAAAAAGCACAAUUUAGUGACAUUCCCCUAAUGUGAAAUAUCACUAAAUAUAAACAAGUCCCUAAUCCUAACCCUAAUUUGAACCCUAACAUUAACCCUAAAUGUCCCAUGUCCAGUGGCGUACACAUGACCCAUGGGGCCCCGGUGCAAAAACUGAUCCGUGGGCCCCCCCCCCCGCACGCUUACUCAGCGUGGGUCGGGGUCGCAACACAUGGUGGCGGGCACCUGGUCGCAGGGGUUGCAGGGCUGCGACCCCGCGACCGUGGUAUGCACACACACUUAAAGGACCACUACAGACACCCAGAUCACAUCAGCUCAAUGAAGUGGUCUGGGUGCCAGGUCCCUCUAGUUUUAACCCUGCAGCUGAAAACAUAGCCAUUUCAGAGAAACGGCUAUGUUUCACUGAGGGUUAAUCCAGCCUCUGGUGGCUGUCUCAUUGACAGCUGCUAGAGGAGCUUCCGCGAUUCUCACUGUGAAAAUCACAGUGCGAAGACACUGAACGUCCAUAGGAAAGCAUUGAGUAAUGCUUUCCUGUGGGCGGUUUAAAUGCGCGCGCGCCUCUUGCCGCGCAUGUGCAUUUCGGAGCUGAGUGGCAGACACUGGGGAGUCCGACGCUGGAGAAAGGUAAAUGCUGAAGACACACACACACACUCUCACGAACAGACACAUACACACUAGCUAACAGACACACACAUUUACUGACAGAGACACACUCAGCGACAGACAUACAUACACUUUCACUGACAAACACACACUCACUAACAGACAUCAAACACACUCAGUAACAGACACACACAGUAACACACUCACUAGCAGACACACACCCAAUAACAGACACAUUCACUGACACACACACUAACACAGGCACUAACACAAACAAACACUGACACACUAACACAAACAAACACUGACACACUAACACACACACAUACACUAACACACACACUCUAACACACACACACAUACACUAACACACACAUACAUUAACACACACAUACACUAACACACACAUACACUAACACACACACUAACACACACACAUACACACUAACACUAACACACACACACACUAACACACACUAACAGUAACACUAACACACACACACAUACACACACUAACACACACAAACACUAACACACACACACACACACUCACACACACUCACACACACAUACACACACACUAACACACACACUAACACACACACAUACUAACACACACAUACACUUACUAACACACACACAUACACACACACAUACUAACACACACAUACUAACACACACAUACACUUACCCACACACACAUACACACACUAACACACACAUACACUUACACACACACACAUAUACACACUAACACACACAUACACUAACACUAACACACACAUACACACUCUAACACACACAUACGCACUAACACACUAACACACACGCUAACACUCACACGCAUAACACACACAUACACACACUAACACUAACACACACUAACACACACACACAGUAACAUACACUAACACUAACACACACACUAACAUACACUAACACUAACACACACAUACACACACUAACACACACAUACACACACUAACACACACAUACACUAACACACACACACAUUUUUUUUUUCAAAUUUAAUCCCCCCAGCCUCCUUACCUUUUGGAGUGCUGGGGGGAUUCCCUGGGGUCCAGUGGUGCUGCUGCUGGGCUCCUGGGCGGGCGGGCUGUCUCGGUGGCCGGCGCGCAAGGGAUCACUCAAUGCUUCCUCUUCAGCUCCCUCGCGCGCCGCAUAGGGAUGCCGGAGCCGGAAGAUGAACUGAGUGCUCCCUCGCGCGCCCGCCUGCCGGACCGGCCACCUGCCUGCUGGGGUCAGCAGGGCCAGCCUCGGGGGGCCCUGGGGUGGUCGGCUCGUGGGCCCCCCAGGGGAAGAGGCUGGCCCUGGGCGUACAUACCGGGUCGCAGGGGCGGCCGGGCCCCCUGGUGGGCCGGGCCCGGUCGCAGCCGCGACCCCUGCGACCCUGGUAUGUACGCCACUGCCCAUGUCCUAAGCUGUGCAGCACAGGAUCCAGCUGAUUCCCCUCACCGGAAGUGACGAGGGUAGGGGAUUUUCACAGGUAGGGAAAUUUGAUAGAACACCGCUAUCCAAGUUCUCCCUGCGGCCGCCAGCACACCUAUCUGUCUGCCCACCGACAGGUAGCAAAAAGUAUGUAUGUCAGUCUGUCAGUGGGAGUGUGUGUAUGUGUGUGUCUGUGUCAUGCUGUGUGUGUCUGCAGGGCCGAACUGGGGAUACGAAGCAGCCCUGGAAAAAAAUAUCUGCCAUCCCCAUAAGUCAUUGUGUUAUGUAGGGUGUUUUUUAUAUAUAUAUAUAUAUAUAUAUAUAUAUAUAUAGGCAAUUGAAAUAGUUGGCUGCACUCUCGGAGUUCCUUAAAACGUAACUUUUAUUGAAAUAUUUAAGAGAAGAUCUACGUUUCAGUCCUUCUUGUGGACUUUCAUCAGGAUCAUGACGAAAGUCCACAAGAGGGACUGAAACAUUGAUCUUCUCUUAAAUAUUUCAAUAAAAGUUAUGUUUUAAGGAAAUCUGAGAGUGCAGCCAACUAUUUCAAUUGCCUGGAUACUGGAGCCCUAGUGAUGCACCCGGUCACACAACUUUGAAGCCGGAGUGCAAGGUACAACAGCAAAUAUAUAUAUAUAUAUAUAUAUAUAUAUGUAUGCAUAUAUAUUAUUGAUGCCACAAGAAAAGAAGAAAAAAUGCAGGCAGGCUUAGGAUAUCCAAAAAAUCCCAGUCUGUCUGCAUUACCUGGAAGUACUGUCUAGCAAUGUAGCGUGGAAGAAUACUAGCUAACAAAUACCCGGUCAAGACAAUCUAGUAAGAGAUAUAAAAUAAAUAUAUCCUCAAUACUAAUAUUCCUAUGCUCUCCAAAAUAGAUGCACAUAGGGUACAACAGAACCUGGCAAUAUGUCAUAUAAAUAAAAUAAACACUAAUUCCUAUAAAACAGCUUUAAUGAAAUACGUAUACUAAAUAGGAAAGGGUAUUCAUAUAUCACUCUGAAUGCCAGUGUCUAUCAUCCUGAGUGCAAAAACCCACAAAUAUCCUGUAACCAAAUAUAUUGUAAGAUCAAUGAAAUAAAGGUCUGCUGAAAAUAUAUACAGCCCCCCCCCCCCCAAAAAAAAAGGGUGUGUGUUAAAUCAAACCAUAUGUGGAGAAAGAUCUUGCAAGACAGCAGACCUUACACAGUGAGAAUUACAGGAAUUAAAAGUCCAGAAUAAUUCCUAUGGAGAGAGACUCAGAUGGAAGAUAAAGAAAAGGAGUUUGUAGAAACAAAUGGUCAGUCAAAAGUGAACUGCCAUGUAUAUUUAAAUUUAUAAAGCCUCUCUCCCUGGUAAACUAACUAGACAGGCAUUGGAAUACACAGAAAAUAAAGCAAAGAAAGAGUGUUAAGUGCAAUUCAUAGUGCUAGGGUGCCAUUCAGUGCCCAGUGUAAAUAUUGGCAAACGCCCAACGCGCGUUUCGGUGCUUAGAGAGUGCACCUUCGUCAGGGGCCAGCUUACUACUCACAGUGGUGUCUCUUAAAUACCUUAGGGCGCACCGGCUCCGGGGGCGCAAGAUUUCAGUGACCGGCAGGAGGGAAGCUCUCCCUCCUGCCAGGCCACCUUCUGGAUCCCUGGCGCGGCGUACGGCAGUGCUGUGAUCAGACGCAGCGAGGGAGCUCGAACCUCUCUGCUCUGCUCCCUCGCGCGCUGUCUGCUGAUGCCGCGGGAGCCGGAAUAUGACGUCAUCAGUAGGCAGCCCGCGAGGGAGCAGAGCGUGGAGAUUAGAGCUCCCUCGCCGCCUCUGAUCACAGCACUGCCGCACGCCUCCCAGCAGCCCCACUGGACCCCAGGGAAUGAUUCAUCAUCCACACCAGCUCUCCAGGUAGGGAGGCUGGGUGGAAAAUGUUUAUUUAUUAAAAUAAUUAGUGAGCGUGUGUAUGUGUGUCUGUGUGUCUGUGAGUGACUGUCUGUGAUUGAGUGUGUGUCUGUGUGUGACUGUGUGUGUGAGUGUAUGUGUGUCUGUGUGUGAGUAUAUGUGUGUCUGUAUGUGAGUGUAUGUGUGUCUGUGUGUGAGUGUAUGUGUGUCUGUGAGUGACUGUCUGUGAGUGUGUGUCUGUGUGUGACUGUGUGUGUGUUUGUGAGUGUAUGUGUGUCUGUGUGUGUGUGUGUGUGUGAGUGUAUGUGUGUCUGUGUGUGUGUAUGUGUGUCUGUAUGUGAGUGUAUGUGUGUCUGUGUGUUAGUGUCUGUGUGUCUGUGUGUCUGUGAGUGACUGUCUGUGAUUGAGUGUGUGUGUGUCUGUCUGUGUGUGUGUGUAUGUGUGUGUCUGUGAGUGACUGUCUGUGAUUGAGUGUGUGUGUGUCUGUCUGUGUGUGUCUGUGUGUGACUGUCUGUGAUUGAGUGUGUGUGUGUCUGUCUGUGUGUGUGUGUGUGGCGAAACCGGCCUCGCCACGUGUCCUUGGAGGGGGCUGCUUGCCCGCCUCUUGCCUUUGGACUAUGGACCAGACUUUAUGUGAAGUUAUUAACCCAGAUAGCUAUGCCAUGGAGCCCAUUCAUGUAGUUAAAGACUUCGGCUCCAUGGCAAUUGAACUGUGUGAAUAGGAUCUGAGCGCUAUUCGGUAGUUUUGUGCGCUCAGAUCCUAGCUAUCUGGGGAUAUGUGACAUGUCUGUGUUUUAUGUAUAAAAUGUGACUUUAUGUAUUUUAAAGUGUUUUGUGUCUUUUUGCAACCAUGUGCUUAAUGGAGUCUUGUGUCUGUCCUGGGAGAUAAUUGAAUUACUCUCCAGGAUAGAAGACUCUGAAACUGGUUUUGGCCAGAAAGCCAUGCUUCAUUUAGUCACAAAGGACUUUCCCUUAACUUUUGAACCCCUGGUCUGAUUCGUGCCAUUUUUUAAUAUGUUGUUCCCCUGAAUGGUUUGAUUAUGAAAAUGUAAGUUUUAUGUAUGUACGAUGUUAACUCACAAAGUUAUAAAAAUGUACAAAAAGUAACUUUUCAGCUUGGAGAUAAUUGAGUAGAUACAGUAAUUGACUCAAUUAUCUCCUAAGCAGAGGGGAGGAAUAUGCUGGGUGUGUUUCUAUUGUCCCAUUGUGUCUGAUUGGCUACUGUACUUGCAUUGUAUGUGUUGUAAUGUGUUUAUUGGUGGUUCUGCAAAACCCUGUGGGCAGUACUAUGUUUUGUGGAUUGUAAUAAAAACCAGGCUGGGUGUGCCAGCACUGAGUUCCUGUUUUAACCCUCAAAGUGAAGUGUCGUCUCAUUAUUGGGGGAAGGAUUUAUUGUAUGCUGUUCCAGUUUGACUGCUAGGAGAGUAAACCUAUUCGUAUGGUUCCUAUUCAACUGUCUACAGCAUUCAUAUGCUUGGGAGAAUUUAUUUGUUUCUCCGGUUCGGUGAUUGUGGUGUCUGCCAGAGUGCUUGGAGUCCUCAGGAAGCGCUAGGAGCAUCCUUCAACGGAGGUACCCAGUCUGGGUGCCAGGCGAUCCGUUACAGUGUGUGUGUGUAUGUGUGUCUGUGUGUGAGUGUAUGUGUGCCUGAGUGUCUGUGUGCCUGUGAGUGACUGAGUGUGUGCAUGAGUAUGUGUGUCUGUGAGUGCUUGUAUGAGUACUGCAUGUGAGUGUAUGAGUGUGGCAGUGUAUGUGUGUCUGUCAGUGUGUGUUUGUGAGUGUCUGUCAAAUCAGUGAGAGUAUCUUUGUCAUUGAGUCUGUGUGUGAGUAUCAGUGUGUCUGUCAAUGAAUGAGUGUGUGUCAGAUCAGUGAGUCUGUGUGUUUGUCAUUGAGUGUGUGUGACUGUCAGUGUGUAUACACCACUGAGUGUAGCAUGGUGGAACGCUGUUUCCUGUACUCGGCCAGACUCACCGGAGGUGCUCACUGAGAGAGCACUCCCUGUCAGUCCGGCCAGGUACAGGAAAUUGAAGCUCCUGUAGGGGAUAUCCUCCACACGGCAAUGCUACAAGAGAGGUAGGAGGCACACCAGGAAGGGGAGUGCGACCACUAAGGUGGUGGGGGGUGCACCAAGGGACAGGGAGGGGAGGGGAGAGAAACACCAAGGGACAGGAAAAAGAGGGGAGAGCUUAGAAGAACACUAAGGGACAGGGAAGGGAGGGGACCACUAAUGGAUGGGGAGAGGGGCUGGUUAAGAGGCACAUAGGUGAAGAUGUUAUUUGGGGGGGUGGAAAGAUACAUCUUCGCCUAUGUACCCAAAAAUCCUUGCACCGGCCCUGGCAGUACUUUUUGCACAAAAAGGGAAACAUACAAAAAGGCCAUAUUACCCUACCAUAUGUUCACUUGAGCUCCAGCUCUAAUGAAUGGUGUGGACUUUAGCACAAUCUUGGUUAAACGCUGAGAUUCCCUCUUUGAAGAUGUUGCUUAACAUUAAGAACGACUAUACAAUGGAUAAGUUUACUGCUCGUCACAAAUAAUCUCCCAUGACUUCCAUGGGAGGUUCUUCAAUGACACUAGUGUCUCUAUCCCUUGGUGGGUUUCAACUCUGACGCUCAUACCCACUGCUAUCUUCUUUAUCUCCCUCUCUCUCGUUAUGUGUUUUCUAUUUCUGUUUACUGCUUUAGUUUUUUUACAGUUGAGGUUCAUUACUGUAUGUUCCUAUUAUGAAAAAAUACUGGACUCCGAUAAAAUGUGUAACUGUGUAUACUUCUAUUGCUUACAAAUGUUUUAAAUUAUAUAUUCUGCUAUUUCACAGGAUCCAGGUGUCGUGGGGAAACCUUGGUAUGUUGGAGGUCUGGAGCGCAAUGAAGCAGAGAAAGCACUGCGCAGAAUGAACAAGGUUAGGAAUCAAUCACAAUAUGUGUAAUCGUGUUUCGGACCUUGUACUGCUGUCCCUACUUUGUAGCCUGGUGUCCAGGUUUGGGCACUGUACCCAAAAAGGGGCGGGUGGCAGAGGAACACUAUAGUGUUCUUGAUACAGCUUUGUAUUCCUAAUAUUAUAGUGUUCCAUUAAAGGUUCAUAUGAGCUUGUCAUGAGAAAUCCUGGGCUGUUACUUUCCAGUAUAUUAUAGGAUGGCAGUUAUGGUGUUUCAGGCACCCUUUUAGUAAAUAUAUUUAAGUGUAAUUCUAAUUUUCAUUCAUGUUUAGAAUGGCUGUUUUCUUGUGCGCCUGAGCUCUGUGCAUAACCAUCUGCAGCCAUAUACCCUUGUUGUGCUGUACAAUGAGCACAUUUACAACAUUCCCAUACGAGCGCUUGGUGCCCGCGGAUACUCACUAGGCAAGGAGGGGAAACAACACGAGGAGGUGAGUGGUGUUUGUGUGGAGAGAAUUGGAUAACAUUUCACUCCAAGAACUGUCAUAAUAACUGUUUUAUUAUAAUUUAUUUUUUAAUUGCCAAAAUAUUCGAUGGCUCUGUUGCAAGCGGAUUUAAAUAGUCUACUCACACAAUCUUCCAAUCUUUUAGUAUACAAGUUAUUUAUGUAUGGGACUAUGAGGCCUUUAUAUGAGGGGAUAGUGAUAUAAGCAAUAAAAUAUGCGAAAACAGAUUUAAACACUUUUAUCACUUCCUACACUAUUUCUUCAAUAACUCUUAUUUUAUUAUUGCAUUAUACCUUGGGUGAUACAUUUCUCCAUGCAAAACAUCCGUUUCACAUGGAAAAUACACAUAUCAUUAGGUGCAAAAAAAAUGGAGUCUCCCGAGAGGGACCUGCAAUUAAAUUAACAUAGGAUGUGAUCAAUAUGUUCCUCAUAUACGUGCAGAGAGGAUCUUGUUCUCCUCUACCCCCUACUCAGUAUAUAAUGGGUGGGGGUUUACAACUAAACAGUUAAGCAGCAAUAGAAAUGCUAAAUUAUAGAGAGGACUAGCCUGUGGUCCCUUGUUUUCCUGUCAGCUAAAUCAGCAGGUGGGCAGCUGCCUACCAGUUUCUACUCUAUCUCCUUAGCAGUGGGAUGGGGUCUACAAAUUUAGAGGAAAGUAUGUUAUUUAUCAUUGCUUAAUCGCUCAGCAAUGCUUAGGUGGUGGUGGAGUUAACAGCUUAAUUGGAGGACAACUGCCCACAAGUUUAUUCCCCAAUCCACUUAGCGCUACUAUAUACGUACUAUAUAAAACAAAUACGAGAAGGACAAUUCAUUUGUAUUAGACCAGCAAAUAUUAAUAUUAAACUCCCACCUAGUGCACCCUUAGUGGGAAAUGACAAGACAGCAAGUGAUGUCUUCCCCUUUUUUGUAGUUUACCACUAAGCUACAUUGAUUAAUAUAACCCCUUCCUCUGGUCCAUUGCUUUUUAAUUCAUAACUCCUUUCUCACAUCUAAGACGAUGGGUUUAUUAGUGGGCAGAUCAGGCUACUUAAAUCCGCCCCCUUUAACCCUCACACGUCUGCAUGUUUUGUGAGGGUAGAGGAGGGACCCAUAUUGCUGGGUCCCUCUGAAUGAUGGCCUUGAUUUAAUAUUUUUUUAUACAUUUUUUUUUUAACAGGUUGUGAUCAUUUUUAAAGCUUAUCUCAAAAGAUUAAAUCAAAGUCAUUGCUGGCAUCAGAGUAACACAAUCAAUUACAUGCUAAAAAUUAAAUAAGUUGUAGAGAGUAGUUAUUUCAUAUUUUUGCAAAGGUAAUAGCAUAGUAAAACAGACAAAAUUUUAUCACUUGGGGGCAGGAUCUGACUGCAGAGCUGAGUGGAAGCAAACGCCAGCAGCUCCCACUGCAUACAGCGAACAAAGCAGACGUUCACUGCCCAAACAGCAAUAAUUCGGUGUGUGAGGUCACCAAACGAAAGGUGACAUCAAGCUGAGCGAGAUGACACCACCCAAGCGACAUUUGGUGCAAUAUUCACCCGACAAGAGUGUGAGGCCUACAAGCAUGGCAAGCGCGGGAGAGACGGUCACUUUCCCGCUGCCGCGACAGACCAAGUAUCAGCACAUGGCCUCUGGACUAGUGGGGGUCAUCCCGGUCUACCUCCACAUAGAGAGCACUCACCACCAAAUAGCUCCAGGGCGCAAAUCUGAAAGAAGGGAGACGUGAGGCCUGACCAAGAUGGCCGGCGGCUCCGCUACACGGACAGGGCGACUGACACCCAUAGAAUGGGCAGCAGCCUUCCAGAAAAGAUUUGACGACAUCUGCAGGCAAAUUUGGGAACGCUUGGAGAAUAGGCAACAGCCAUUAGCACCAGCACCGGCCAGUAACAUGGUCAGAACACCCAAAGCACGACUGCCAGUCAGAGCUCAGCUCACUGAAAGGCGCAAGACCGAAGUGCAGCUGGAGAGGCCCCAUCUGGGCAAAACAUUCACCGAAACCGCAUACUAUAAUCCUGUUGGCCCACCUGGGAAAGGAGCCACACGGGGUGUGACCCCUACACACCACCCACGUCUGCGGAGGAGAGUAAAACACCCGCGAAAGCAACGGAGUGCAGCCCUGCGUAAGGACUGCGGCGAGUCUGUGAGAUAGUGAUACUGGCUCCUAGUAGGUCCCAGGUCAUCUGGGCUGCGCUGUGUGACUGAUGUGGACGCACGAGGUACAGAGGAGCAGCUGGUGUGGCUCAACUACGUCCAUCCCAGGCAUGUAACCAAAGCCUCCAGACUGGGCAUCGGCUGAACUUGUGCGGACUGAUUUGAUACCCUACCCCUGGUUUUCGCCCGUGAGAACCCUCUUUCAAUAACAGACGUCUUACCUACUUGCUAAUUUAACGUAUGUAGCCAUAUCAGUUUCCUUAAUCCUAUGAUCAGUAUGAACAGCCUGUUAAAUUUCAUGAUAUUGAACAUGGGAUGACUCCCAUCAUCCUGAUCAUCCUGAACAAUCUUGCAGUCAGCUUGCAUAUCCCGCUUAUCUCCCUGCUUAUUGCAGUUACCCGCUGACAAUGUACCUCAUGUUUAUAUUACAAAAAUGUGCAUGCCCUAGCCAUUACUCCCACUGUACUCAGUGGUGUAUCCUGGUUUUGUGCUGCCCUAGGCAGGACAAAACUCAGGCGCCACCCUCCCCCCGCGCCACCCCCUCCCAACCCUUCCCCCCGCCCCACCUUCUAAAUACACACACACACAGUCAGACACAAACACACACAGUCAGACAAACACACACACAGUCAGACACACACACACACAGUCAGACACAUACACAGACACAACACAGUCAGACACAACACAGACACAAACAGUCAGACACAAACACACACAGUCAGACACAACACACACACAGUCAGACACACACACACACACAGACACAACACAGUCAGACACAGUCAGACACACACACAGUCAGACACAAACACAGUCAGACACACACACACACACACACACACAAACACAGUCAGACACAAACACACACAGUCACACACACACACAGUCAGACACAAACACACAGACAAACACACACAGUCAGACACAUACACAGACACACACACACAGUCAGACACAAACACACACACAGUCACAUACACACACACACACACACUCACAAACACACAAACACAGUCAGACACAAACACACACACACAGGCACAAACACACAGACAAACACACACACACACAGACACAUACACAGACACACAAACACACACACACACAGUCAGACACAAACACACACACAGAUACAAACACACACACACAGUCAGACACACACACACAGUCAGACACAAACACACAGUCAGACACAAACACAGUCAGACACACACACACACACUCACAAACAGAGUCAGACACAAACACACACAGUCACACACACACAGUCAGACACAAACACACAGACAAACACACACACAGUCAGACACAUACACAGACACACACACAGUCAGACACAAACACACACACAGUCAGACACAUACACACACACACACACACUCACAAACACACAAACACAGUCAGACACAAACACACACACAGAGUCAGGCACAAACACACAGUCAGACACACACACACACAUUAACUUUUUUUUUUAUUUAAAUCCCCCCCCCCAACCUCCUUACCUUUGGGAGUGCUGGGGGGGGGGUCUCUCUCCCUGGUGGUCCGGUGGCUGCAGGUCAGGCGGGCGGCGCUGACAGGCGGGCGGCCGGCGAGGGUGCACUACCUAUGAGCUGACUGCUCAGCUCCCUCGCGCGCCGGCUGCAGAGUGAGGCUGGGAGCCGGAAGAUGACGUCAUCUUCUGGCUCCCAGCCUCACUCUGCGGCCGGCGCGCGAGGGAGCUGAGCAGUCAGCUCAGGGGAAGAGCUCCCUCACCAGCCGCCCACCUGCCAGCGCCGCCCGCCCGCUCGGGAUGUCAGUUAGCCGCAAGGCUAACUGGGCAUUUGGGGGGGCGGCGUUUUUUGCCGCCCCCUGAAAAAUGCCGCCCAAGGCAAAUGCCUUGUUUGCCUCGCGGCUAAUACGCCCCUGACUGUACUACGAUACGUUAUGCCUGAGGAUUGCUUUUGGGGUAACUUGAGCCUAUAUGUACUAACUUAUGCACAGCAAAAAUACAAAAUAAAAAUAUUUUAAAAUGUUUUUUAUCACUUAUACUGUUUUAUAGCAUUUAGUGCAGUACUGCACACUUGAAUACAAGUACAAGCCCUUAGUGGACAAGGCUAUUUUUAGUUUUUUCUUCACCAGCCAACAGAUGUUUCUCUUCUUCCUACUAAGUUUUAGCUCUUCUCUUGACUACUUUCCAAUAUAUUAACUUUCAUUGGUAAUCUGAUAUUUUGUUUGAGUUUUUAUUCUUAUCUUUCAUCUUCUCUUUCUUUUAUUCCCAGCAUUUCAAUUUUAAAAAUGUGUUUCUCUAUUCAUUAUCCAGACAUUCUCAUCUGUUGUCCAUCUGAUUGAACAUUACCAGAACGAUUACUUGCACCUGAUCAACCGACAAACUCAUUGUCGAGAGUCUACCAUCUUGCUAUACCCAGCUCUUCAAUGAGAAAUGAAUUCCUCUCCAUGAAGCAAAAUCCUUCUUAUUAUUAUUUGUAUAUACUGUGUUUUGUGUUGGGCAAAUACAACUUAGAAGUAGCAGUAUUUACAUUAUAAAAUUAUUGGCACAAAAAUUGUGCUUGCUGUAGAUUAUGAUAGCAGAACAUGUCCUAACAGUAAUUACAGUACAUGUGUUCUUCACUAUGCUGAUGAAGUAUAUGUAUCCAGAAAUAGAAGCAUCAUUCAGGAAGACUUUGGUGUGAUGCAUAAUUUGACACACUAAUUCCAGUAAUCUCAUCAGAAACACACAGAAGACAUCCUGGAAUUUAACUAGUUUGAAUGCUUUAUAUCAGGGGUGACCUAAAGGUAGAUCCCCAGAUGUUUUAAAACUACAGCUUCCAUGGUGUUUUGUCAUUCUAGAUGCUUUUUAAAAGCAUGAAAAGCACCAUGUAAGUUGCAGUUCUACGCAUUCUGUGGAUAAUCCUUUUGGGCACCCUUGCUUUAUAUUGUGUUUGUAUUGUAUAUUGUACAAUAUUUCUAGGAAAACGAAACACAGCCUUACUUGGUUAGCAAUAGUUUUUUUUCCCAUUUCCUUAUUCAAGUGUCAGUUCUGCAUGUUUUCAGUAAACCAUGUGGUGGCAGUCUUUUCCUUCUAUCAUAUUCGCACAACGAGGUGACUAGCUAUGUCUUUGUUAAAGACUAGGCCUUAAAUGUACUGGCAGCCAUAUUUGUUUUCUCGGGAUCAGUUUAAAUAUGCACACUCAUUGUAAUAAUUUACACUCGGAAAGGAAAAGGUGAUAGUGACUGUAGCAGAGGUUUUUUCUUUGAGUGUUAACAGGAAUGAACGUUUCAUGAAAGUCAUUAUAAUAAUACAACCUGGAAGAAUUAAACAAAUUAAACAUCCAAAGUACG